CUAGGUCACACAGUGAGUUUUGGGAAGUGCUGCUAGACUGGGUUAUUUGGAGAAAUAGAGGAGGGGCAUGGGACAGGAGCUGUGAGCUCAGUCAGUCACCUCCCUAUCUGCUCCACUGCACAGGCUGUUUCUCUCUCUCUGCCUUUAAGUCCUACGUUUUGGUGGCUGCAUGUUCUGUUCUGUGGAAUCUGCAACUCCUGCGGAUUGUUAGUUUCUCUUGUUGGAUAUUUAGGCAGCACUCCUCUGCCUGCCCGCCUGUGGCUCCUGAUGUGUGUUGGGCAGGCACCGAUUGAUGGACGUCCUGUCACCGAGCACCUGCUGCUGGCUUUAGUACUUGGUAAGAGAAACAUUUACUAUGUGAGAGCAGAAACACGCUAUGGAAAAGGUUAAAGAAACACUCUGGGGUUUAUUCACUUAACUGGGGAUUGUGGAGAAUUGACAAGGGAAUUGCAAAUUAUAACCCAACACAAACUGGGAAAUUACCUAAAUUAGAGAAUGAGUUCAGUUAUGCUAUUUUGGCCUACGGCGUGAAAUUUUUUCUUCUUUCAUAUGAAGGUUUACAGAAACCUGAAUAAACCCUUUUAUUUAAAAUAAAAAUGAAAAUAAAAAAUAAAAUGUUUCCCUGGCUAAGGUAGGCAAUGUUAUAUUGAGAACAUCAAAUAUUGUCAAAGGCCGGGGAACGUUAUGCUGAAAAUAACAUUCUUUAAGACAGCAAAAUAUUUAGUUUAUUUUUAUUUUUACAGGUUUUUUAAUUUUAUUUGUCAUUUAGUAUUUUUAAUUUUAGUAAAACUGCAAAGUUUUGCGUUGAAGUUAUUUGUUCAUUAUGUUCCAAUUAAUAUUUAGGAGGACACUAAAGAAUGCUUGGAGUCUGAUCAAAAUCAACCAAAUGUUGUGAGACUCCAGCAAAGAUUGUUGUAAAAUGUAUACUUAUGUUAAAAUGGCUAAAUUACACUUGAAAGAGUAUCAUUUGUUAUAUAUAAUAUAUUAUCUAUUAUACUUACUAUGUAAAAUGUGAUAUUUCUGACUUUGUCAUAUGAAUAUGUAAAGUACAAUAUUUGUGGAUGAAGUGAGUUGCAUACACCUAUCUCACAACUCGCAGUUUGCUGUGUUGUGUUUCUAUCCUGGUAUUACCUAACACAAGGGGACCUAGACAUCCUGACAUGCAUUUAAGGUCCACUUUUAUGAAUGAAGCACAUGUUUCCGAAACAAUUUUUGUAAAUAAAUCUGGUGAUAUUGUCAUUUUUUACUGUAUGUUAGUAAAAAUUAUACUUUUUCAUAUUUGAAUAUAAACAUUACUCAUGUAAUUACUCACCAUUCUCAUUUUACUACAUUUUUAUAGGAUUGAGAGAAUUAUUAUCACUUUUUUUAAUGUUACCAUUAAAACUGAGGACAUGCAUAAGUAGAAAAUUUAAGUAUAGUUGUAAAGCGUAGUUAAUAGUUAAGCAUGUAACAUAAUUUACUCAACUGUUACGUGGCCUGGUAACUCAUUACUUGUAACCUAAUUGCAUAUUUCCCCAGCUAUAAGCCCCAGUUUCUCGACUUACUUUCAAGCAAGUAAUUGGUGAACUAAGUUUCUGGAUGGCUAAACAUUUUAAAACUUGGCUGGCAAAUUUCUUUUUUUAAAUCAAAUCUGACUAGUACUACAUUGAAAUUAGUAGUGUCUACUAUAGUUGCCACUAUCAUAUAAUGGCAUCUUCCAUCAGACACUGCAUAUAAUGGCUCUUGGAAAAGGCACUUUUUUGUGUUAUAUUUAAUAAAUAACUGCAGAACCCAAUAAGUUAGCUUUAAAUCUCCUCCCUACCCCUCUGUUCGGGGAAUGCUAAAGCCAAUCCACUGGGUCCGUUGCUGGCUGCAGUAAAUGCUAAUAUUGCAACAAAAACAAAAUACCGUAAAAGUCUUACACAGAGAAGAGAUGCUUGCCUUGGUCAGUUACGCAGCAAGGAGACAGGCUUUAGUUCACCAGUACCAUUUCAGAGGGAACAUUUACCAACCUGCAUAUUCUAAAGUCAAAUUAUCUGGUAGGUUUUCUCUCUAUGAGAGAUACAGCAUCCUAAGGUUACUAGGCAUUUCCUAAUCAAGGUAAGUACAGCUGUAUUGGAUUGACUGUAUCACUCAUGCAAAGAUAACCUGCCAGAUAUUCCAUAUUGGACCAGUCUCCUAGGCAAAUGGUACAGAUGAUGGCACACGUGCUAUAACAUGUCAGAGACCUAUGUGACAAUUAACCAUAUGGCAAGAUAGUAUAUCUUUUCCAUGUUCAGUGUUUUUGGCUUAUAGGCUAAAACCUGCUGGUUAGAAUUCAUAUCUGCUUUGGGAUGUGUCUAGUCAUGAUGUCAAACUGUUGAGGGACUGUUUUGAGUUGACUGGUAAUGAUAUUACCUUAACGAAAUGAUGGGAUGUAAGGUAUGGAAGAGACAUAAAGGUGAUAUGUUUAAAAGGAAAACUUGAAACAUGGCAUCUAAGGUGAGGCUAUGAUGCUUUGGGAAGAUGUAGGGCUUAUGAUCAGUAGUACCAUACUAUACCACAAGUAUGCUGUACUGAAAGUGUAUGAUAGGUUGUGGACUAUUAAUUUGGCAGAGCAUUAUACAUGAUAGAGUCAAUAACAACUCUACUUUGGAUGAUCAUUCUACUACUAUUCCAUUGUUGAUAUGCUGGAUCUAUAUUCAAACAACUUUCAGUGCUGCAAUGACAUUCAUUUUAAAAUGGCUGGAUGUUUUCAGCUUAGUGCCCUGUCCCCUCGUGCAUAGCAUAAUCUGCUGUGAGAUUGAACUGAAGUGCAGAGAUGAAAAAGCAAGACCCAUUUUUCUGAUCACAGAACCUCAAAAUGCACGACUGUCCUGGUAAAGUCAGGACCGUUGUCACCUGUAAACCAUGGAGAGACAUGAGAGCUAAAACUGUCCUUUACUUCUACCCAAGUUGAGCCAAGUUGUAGCUAAAUUCUCUUGAAUCUGAUGCAUCUUGACUCACCUCUCUCUCAACACACUCUUGCUUCAAUUAAAUAUGAACAUUUCUACAAUUAAUUAAAUGAAAUAAUAUUCUGUUAGAAGUUGUAGAGAUGCUCCUUUUUAACAUGUUUCAUAAAACAGCUGGUUUUAACUUGCAUAAUAUAUGUUGGUGAUUUGCAGUCAGGCUUGGCAUUUUUCAGUGCACCUUUCCUUUAAAAGUUUAUUGAAGUAUGUGAUUGUUUUGGUUUAUGAACCAUUAAAUCUUACAUUCCCCUAACCACAUUACUAAGCGUUUUAUGAAAAGUAAAAAAUCAACCCCAAAACCGAAAAAAGUAAAUGUAAUCGUUAACUCUUCCUAUUUCUGAACUACAAUUUUUCUUAUCCUCAUCCUGAAUUUGGAUAAAUACCCGAUGCUUAAGAAUCAUGAGAGUUCAGUAUCAUAAGCGAUACCAGUUGGCCACUCCUGUCCUACACAAAAGUGUGUAUAUAUCUGAUAUAGUAUACUUUCUAUUUAGAAAUGUGUGCGUAUGUAAAAUGGAAUUAAGGUGUUUAAUACAUUUUUUUCCAUGAUCAUUUUAUAUGUAAGUUUUCUAAUUUCAGUAGGGCUAAAUUGAACUGACACUUUUUUUAAGCUGGUAUAAUACAAGCCACAUUUCUGAUAAUUUCACUUGCAGUAUAGUUAACAAUACAUAAAAUAUGUUUAUAUCUACACAAUUAUCAGAUUUUUGGUUAGCACAAUGGUUAGAUUAAAUAUUAUGUUCUUUUAAAGUGACACCACAUAUUAUUAGAACGAGCAGGCAUAAUUUAAAAUGAAGGCUCUAAAGUCAUGUAGAAAAUAAACCAAUUUUUCUAUUUUAUGAUAAUGGUGCCUACAAUGAUUUGGAGAAAUAUGAAUCUGAAUAAUAUAAAGAUUUGAUGUUAUUACAAAUUUGAUUUUCUUGGGUUCUAUUGCUAUGCCAUCAGCAUGCAGUUGGCAUAGCAGUAAAAUACUAUGUGUAAUGGUGCUAUAAGCAGUUGACAUCACCAGACAAGCCAUUCAGAAAUUCAUCUUGCAUGGUAAUGAACAUUGGCUCUAGUAACCAACCAAUUACAGUUCAGUGAAGGCUCCUUAAAUUGGCAGGGGAAUAUAAAUUCCAAUGGAAACUAAAGUCAGCCUGUGGCGGGUUUAAUACAUUAUAUUGACUUUUUUCUGAUGUCUGAGGCUUGGCUUAUUUUAUGUGCAUGUGGCUUUUUCUGCUGUCCAAUAAAUGAACCACAAUGCAUUUACAAAUACGACAAAUAUAAGUGGAGUUACCCCUAGUUGGAUGAUUUUUCAUUUAUUCUAGUUACAGUUAAAUAACAUCAUCACUGUCUUCAGAGGUAUGAGGAUAGAAUAAAUGAAGACUGCAGCAUGGCUGUGUUUUAAACCAUAAAUGCUGUCUGUUGAUGUGUUAACAAACUUGCAAUAAUAUUAGACUUAUGUUCGGCUCAGAACAUCCAAUGCUGGUUUAUGUGACGGUACAACUUAGCUCACCAUUGUCCAUUGAGAAACACUCAGGCACAACAAAAAAUGAGGAACUAAGGCAUCUAUGAGUGUGCUGCAAAGUUGGCAACAAUUUUGCCUCUUAAUGGUAGGCAAUAUCAGACAUUUUUGCUAUGCCAAGUCUGAACUGUCAACUUGUCAUAAUUAUAUUAUAUCUCUAUUUAAAAAAAUAAGGUAGAGGACUCUAUAUAAUUAUUUUAUAAUGAUGACUGAUUGUUUUUCCCUUUGAAAGCGUGUAUUAAUGAAUAAUGGGGAGCAGCUGCAGCAAGAGACAUAUUAAGUUGAAAAAAAGGAAAUUAUUCAAAAAAUGAAUGGGUGGCAUAGGUUAAAGAACAUGAAAGGUAAAAUUUAGUCGCCCCCUUUUACUUUUUCCUUUCAUGUUUUUUUAAAAAAUCACCUAUUUUUUUAAAUUAAAUUACUCAUGAUGCUGCUCUACUACUUUCUUAGCAUUUGUAGAUGUUUCACCCUCUCUGAGUUUUGAGGUACCUACUACUUCUGAAGAUGCUUGGGUGAAGCUGGUGACAGGGCAUUGUUUUUUCCACACUAAAGGAUGGUCACUGAUAGUGAUGAGCACAGGAGAAAAAAAAAGCUUUGUUUCAUUCCUAUUAAUUAGUUAAUUUUCAGAUUUCGGUUUGUCCAAAAUGUGAAAAUUAUUACUCUGGAACAAAACACAAAUUAAGGAAAAAGUUUGUUAAAUUUCAUAAUUCAGAGUUCCAAUAUUCCCAAAAAGGACGCUGUUUAGCAGAUAGCUUAAUAAUUAGGUAUUCUUAAAAAUGGUAAUCCCACAUAAGGGUUCCAAAUAAGGAGACAGUUGAUAAAGACUGGAUGUGACCAAAACGUUACCCAUUUAUCUGACACCAUAAAGGAUUGCUUUAAUGAGAUUGGGAUUUUGCUGAACUCCUUUUUUCUACUGUUGCUGUUGGCAGAGCCCUAUGCACAUGUACUCCAGGUGGACCUAGGUCUUCACUAUUGGGGAUAAUCACAACGACAGUGAGUGAACUACUUGUGCUAGUGCUAUCAGGCACAGAUGAUGUCACAACUGUCUCAUGAUAGAUGAGGUGACUCAAAACCAACAGAGGUGGACUUAGCCAAGGUGGAGAAGAUGCAGGAAAACAGUACACAUUAAUUGAAGAAAAUACUGGAUUGCUUCCUCUUGUCUCCAGACUUUCUUCUUGUAAUUCCUCUGGCUCAUUGAUGAGUAGCUCCUGCACCAGAAGUAUAAGUGCAUCCUAACUUCUACCACCACAGCCACUUAAAAUCACUGACGCGGUCAUGGUGGUAGGAUUAACCCUUUAAAGGAACAUGUCAAGCACCAUUACCAAUACCAGCUUUUGUAAAUGGUUAACUUCUUACCUUGUAUCUUCAUAGCUUCCUUUAACUCCUAUAUUUAGUUCUUAUCUUUAGAGUUUCCGUUAGAUUUCCUUAACCUAGCCCUAAAACACUGGGCCUGCUCACUGGCUGAGGGUGACUUACAGGCCUCCGCUCAGCAAAGAGAGGUGGAGAGGCAGGGAGUAGUAAAAACCAAAGAAAAGAAAGUUACCUGCGCUCUCUCCUUAAUCCCUAUGUAUAUUUAGACAAAUGGAGGUCAUUUAGUUGCUCCAAUGGCCAUUGGAGGGAAUGUCCGCCUGCCAACGUCAAGGCAGACCCCCCUAAAGCGGGUCCUACACUGACCCUUCAACCUGCUUCCUUGAGCUUCUGGCAAAGAUAUCUCUAAUGAGACAGAGGGGUAUUUUUUAUAUACACCCCUAUAUACUUAUUAACCCUUAAUAGGGAACACAUGGGAUGGGCGGCAGCAUUGUAACAAGGCUGUGUGAUACAAAGUAAAUACAAAUACAAAAAGAUAAGUCUUGCGCUCACUCCCAUCACUACUGGUCCGGCAGCAAUGACUACAGUACACAUCAGCCCCAAUAUAUAGUAAAAACCAAAGAAAAGAAAGUUACCUGCGCUCUCUCCUUAAUCCCUAUGUAUAUUUAGACAAAUGGAGGUCAUUUAGUUGCUCCAAUGGCCAUUGGAGGGAAUGCCCGCCUGCCAAUGUCAAGGCAGACCCCACUAAAGCGGGUCCUAACACUGACCCUUCAACCUGCUUCCUUGAGCUUCUGGCAAAGAUAUCUCUAAUGAUAGAUCUUUGGUUUUACUAUAUAUCGGGGUUGAUGUGUACUGUAGUCAUUACUGCCGGCCCAGUAGUGAUGGGAGUGAGCGCAGGACUUAUCUUAGGCAGGGAGUAGUGCCUGACAGAUGCAAGGUAAAAAUGUAAACCAUUAGCAAAUGAUUUGACUGCUUUUACUAGGGCAGCGUUUCCCAAUUGGGAAUCCACCAAAAGUUUUAAAAAUAAAAUAGUUGCAGGCGGGGACGGAGCAGUGAUAUCACUGCUCAGCUCCCUCGCGUGCACAGCAGUGAUGCUGGAGCCGGAAAAUGACGUCACUCCAGCUCUGGCAUCACUAAGAGGCGCACAAGGGAGCAGAGCAGUACAUCACAGCCACUCAGCAGCCCCACUGGACCCCAGGGACCGCUAGCAAGCUGCCCAGCAGCCCCACUGGACCACAGCAACUCCAUCCAGCAAUCCUAAAGGUAGGGGGGAAGGGUGGAUGAAAAAUUAAAAAAUUAAAAUAACAUUGUAUGUGUGUCUGUUAUGAAGUUUGAAUAUGUUUGUGUGUCUGUCAAAGACUAUGUGUGUGUUUGUCAGUGAGAGUGAAUGUGUGCUUGUCAGUGAUUGUGUGAGAGUGCAUGUGUUUGUCAGGGAGAAUGUAUGUGUUCUUGUCAUUGAUAGUGUAUAUGUGUUUGUAUAUGUGUCUGUAAAAGAGUAUGUGUUUGUCAGUGACAGUGGAUGUGUGUUUGUCAAAGAGCAUGUGUGUUUGUCCGUGAGAGUGUAUGUGUGUCUGUCAAAGAGUAUGUGUGUUUGUCCGUGAGAGUGUAUGUGUGUCUGUCAAAGAGUAUGUGUGUCUGAGUGUGUCAGUGUGUGUAUGUGCCAGUGUGUUUCUGUGGGUGCAAGUGUGUGUAUAUGUCACUGUGUGUAUCUGAGUGUGUGUGUAUUUGUGAGUCAAGAUGUGUGUGUCAGUGUGUAUCUGAGUGUGUGUAUCUGUGUGUCAAGUUGUGUGUCUGUGUGUCAGUGUGUAUCUGUGUGCCACUAUGUGCCUGUGUGUGUAUCUGUGUGUCAAACACACACACACACACACAGAUACACACUGAUACAGAGAUACACACUGGUGCAUAUAAGCACAGAUAUACACACCUUGACACACACUGUCACAUACAAACACAGAUACACACACUUUGAAACAUAGAUACACACACAUUGACACACCAAUACAUACACACACACAGAUACACACUGCGUGUCAAGGUGUGUGUAUCUGUGUCAGUGUGUGUAUCUGUGUUCCACUAUCUGCCAGUGUGUGUAUCUGUGUGUCAGAGUCAUACACACUGGCACAUACAAACACAGAUACACACACCUUGUUACACAGACACAUACAAACACACCUUGACACACCGGUACAACAUACAUACACACACACACACACAGAUACGCACUGUGUGUCAAGGUGUGUGUAUUUAUGUGCCAGUGUGUGUGUAUGUAUCUGUGUAUCAUACACACACUGGCACAUACAAGCACAGAUACACACCUUGACACACACCUAAACAUACAAAAAACUGCACAAUUUUUUAUUUUCUUGUUUGGGGGGGGUGGGGGAGGGGUGGGAAGGUGUUCCACGACGUUGAUACACAUUAUCAAAGGGUUCCACAGGAAAAAUUAAUUGGGAACCCCUGUACUAGGGUACCACUUCACUUCGGGCACCAUAAUUACCACAGUAGUGGUAAUGGUGUUUGGAGUGUUCCUUUCAUUUCUCUCAAGGUGAAAGCUAGUGCUGGAGCAAGAAGGAGAAAAGUGGAGCAUUAUAGACUAAAUUUAAGUUUGCAUCACUUUGAAUGCAUAAUGAAUGUUAGCACAAGUUUAUAAAUUAUGGUGGGGAAAGAAACUGAGCUAUACUGCAAAUAUUUGUUUUAUGUGUGUACGUCAGGAAGGCUUGUGGCAAAAAACACAAUAUAUUUUAUUAAGGCAAUCAUGCCAAGCUUAUUGUUUUGUGAUUAUUUUCCAACAUGCUGCUUUUAAUUAGACACACAAUUUACCCUUGAAUAAAGAACUAUCUAUAACACUAAAGGUUACACUAUAACUACUGUACCCUUUGGAAUGUUACUGAAAUGUCUGAAAAACCAAAGAUAUAGAAAUGAAUCGGUAAACAUGGUAAUGUGAAUACAAUCAGCAGUUCAGACAGCAUAAGGCUGCUUAGUCUCAGAUGGCAAACUUCAGUGGUUUUGAACAUGUGAGAUUUGUUUUUUGUUACUGUGCCAAACCUGUGAGGUAAUAGGUUUGCAGACAUGGCAUAAGUCAUUGUUUUUGAUUGGCUGUGAUUUGAUGGUUGCUUUUCCCGGAUAUUUAUGAUGUAGGUGAGUUUUGCUUAACAACGCUGUCCUGGUUUCAUGAACAGCCUACAGACAAUUGUUAAGCAUAAAUAUUGACAGUGCAACUCAUUUUACGACAAAUUGAAAUUUUUAGAGCACCUGCAUAUUAUUUUUAUUGGAUAAUUGUUUUGUGUAUCCAAAAUCAUUAUACGCAGAGUUUAUUUAACUGACUUUAAAAUUGUUGGGAAGUCAACAGUGAAUUGUACGUUUUAGCUGCAAAUUGCUGAAUUGAAACAUUCUCAAAACAAAUAUUUUAGCCUAAAAUUUGCAGAAUUCCUGACAGUUUUUGGUUUAGUGAAUUGAAGUUUUUAAUUGAUAGGUAGGAGGAAAAUGUUGACAUGUCAGUACACUGUGCAUUGAAAAGGUUAAAUAUCAGUUUAUGUCUAUAAAUUCUCAGGUAUUAUCCUCAUUGAUAAACAAUGAAUCGCUGUGUCUAUUAUUAGUCUAUCUGAGGAACAGGGAAGGGCUGAUGUAGCAGAAGGAAUGCACCUGCUUUUCAAUAUUUGUGGCUGAGGAGCCACCCUACCUUUACAAGGUCAGCCUACCAUAGUCAAGCUUAAAACUAUAUCCAGCAGAGUGAAUAGCCUGCUUUUGCUAGUCAUGUUAACAAUUCUAAGCAUCUACAUAUAAUGUGACUCAGGAACAGAUCUUCUUAUUAUUGUUGUUAUUAUUAUUACUGGAAUUUAUAAAGCACCAACUAUUCCACAGUUCUGUGAAUUUGGGGGAAAAUACACACAAAAAAACCCAAUACUAUAUACACAGGCCAAUAGAAAAGGUGCAGAGGGCCCUGCCUGAGAUCUAGCCAUUGAAGCUCUUUUAUACAAAGUGCCUAGUUAGACACGAGCUUACACUUUUUGUUUAUCUGUUUCUUUAAACCUGGCAGUUAAUACUUUUCUAUUCCCAAGAAAUUCAUUGGUAUUGCAAACAGCCUAAAGGAAGCAAUGCUCUGAAGUGCGUGAACUAGGCAGGUGGUAGAAAAGGCCUUAUAUCAUAUUUUCACCCUCUUCACACACGCACAGCAUGGUGCCUUACACUUGGUACCCUCAAAUGUGCUUAAUUUUGUGUCAGUGUUGUGUAAAACACAAUAGACCAGUACAGGAUGCUAUUAGGCCAUUCUACCAGAGAUCCUGGGAAGUUAUAUUUGGUUUUUGAGGGGACUACAUGCAAGAGGGAACCCCAUACGUGUUAACAAAUCCAGUUGAGUACCUCUGAAAUCUCAAUUAUACUAAUACUGCACACCUGCUUGGUGAACUCCUCAUCUUGAGGUCCUUUACCCCAUUCCUGGUGGUUCCUCUAAGCAAGCAUUGCAACCUGAGAUCUUGGAUAUGUUGAGCCAACUAUUCUUUCCACAACAGUGACACAAUUCUGGGCAGACAGUGGUAGAACAGACCAGUAAUCUGAAUAGACAGCCCGUGUUCAACAAUGUUACGCAAAUCAAUGUACAGGAAUUGAAGCAAACAAAAUCAAGUAAAAGUCAGAUAAUUUCAUUACAUUUGUGUUAGGAAAAAAUAUAAUACAGCACUCUACGAACCAUAGAGAACACUUUGUUGAGUGUUGUCUUUUAAAUAUACAAAAAAAAAAACAAGAGGGCCAUGAAAACUCAUUAAUGGUUGGCAUAACCUAGUAUCGUCUCAUUGGGUUCAUCAUGUGUAAAAUAAAACCAAUGGGGGGGCGGGGCCUGACCGCUGAACUGUGAGGAAGCAUGUCUCAGCAGCUCCUGCAACUCAGGGCAACCAAAGCGGGUUUAAGACCCCAAAAAGGCACUAAAUUGAUUCCUAACGGCCACCAAGCGACAGGCGACUAUGGGGCGCACAAACAGACACCACACAAGCGACGAUGCCCCUCAGGCGCACCCAGACUCAAGACGGGGCCUACCAGCAGGGAGGGCGCGGGGAAGACGGCCGCUUUCCCGCUGCCUGUACCAGCCAGGUACUGGCCUCCGAGCCCUCGUUCCCCCCCCCAGGGACCGGCGGGGGUCAUCCCGGUCCACCCCCUCACGAUCCCCUUGAAAGGAGAUGAGCGGACGAAACAACCGCGCGGUGUGGAAACUGCAGACAAGGCCGACAAAAUGGCGGACGGCAACCACGCCUCGGCCCUCCACAAGGCCGGACGAGACACGGAGCUCCGGCUCACCCGCAUAUUCGACUCCUUCUGGGAGCAGCUGGAGAAACUCGCGUGGCCCUCGGAGCAGGAGGCCCAGCCGGAUGGCAAGACACAAGAACCAGCACGAGGGACCCGGAUGGGAGUACCGGCAUACACCGCCGGCUCCGUACCCGGUCCCCACAAGCUCCCGAGAAAGACCGCCCUGCUAGCGAAGACCCGAAGCCUCACUAAGGGCAACCACAGCCGGACCCAGGUAAAACAUACUGGGGGCGCUGCAGGACGAAGGCGGCGCGGAAGUCAAACUCACCGUCCGGACGUGAAACAGCCUAGGAGAGGUACGAACCAUCCCAUUCACAUCAACAAACGGCAGACCACAAAGUACACCAUGGGGGCCGCAAUAGCACAACGCCACAAGCACAGACUCAGCCUACAGACACACAGUCGGGCAGGGCCCUCUAUCAGAGCCACAUCAUACCUACCACACCAGAUGCCGGCCUACACUCAGACACUCCACCCUCGCAUCACCGGACUGGGAGAACCGCAGCUCACAUCACAGCAGCAGCAGAUGGCACAAGGGGAGCCUCUACAAGGCAUCGGAUGAACCACACAGCACUGGGACUCAUUGCCUAGCAAAGGACUCAUCACCUCUUUUAUUUUUAUUAAUUUUUUCUAUUAUUUUUCUUUUUCUUUAUUUUUUUCACUAAUUUCUCAUAACUCAGAUGAACUCCCACAACUGUCUGUAUGUAACCGAGCCCUGCACAUCCCUUCCAACAACUCACAUAGGGGACCAUAGAGAGGGAAUUCCUCGAGACCAAGCGACUACAUAUUAAGCAUGAAGGCGCAUAGACUAACUCAAACCCACGCAGGUUUCCUUGAUUGCUCACCACACAACUGUUUGCAUUAGCAUGUGGAAUGUGUAAUGAUGACACCUUAUGCUAUAGGCAAGCUCUAGCAUUGUUAAUUGUUAAGCGUUUUCUUUCGUUCUUUAAAAUUUAAUUUCAUGCUACAAAGCAUAUAUAAGAGUAGCGCAACCUGUAUAUACAACACAUAUGGUCCAGAUAUCAUUAUAUUGCAAACCAUAUCACGACACUACAACUACACUAGCAAAGAUGAACGAGCUAUGUUAAACGUGGACCACCCUAUCUUAUGCUAACGUUCUCGCUGUUUGGCUUAAAGUUGUUUUACUUAUAUAAAAAUGUGCAAUCUCUCAUGCCACUGUCAAACCUAAACGCAUCUUCAAACACGCUGUUGUGGCGUAUGUCGAUAACCUGUAACUCUCUGCACAACAAAAAUAAAGAAUUCAAAAAAAAUAAAAAUAAAACCAAUGGAGAAACAUGGAAUUAGUACCACUUGCAGUCCAUACCACUGGACAGUGAAGGAACUUUGUAACAUCUACAUUCCUAUUUGUAAACUGAUAUUAUUGCCUUUGCAAUGUUUCUCAAGUUGAAAGUAACUGUUUUUAAAACUGCUUAAAGAAAAUAUGUAUGUGUUCAUGUCAUGCUGAGUAUCAGAAUGGUAAUUAACAGUCAAGCUCUGGCCCUUUUUUGUAGGUAUUUGUAAAGUGUUAGACUUUAGGCGUAGACUUUGCAAGGCUUGAAGUGCUGCCAAUUAUCCACAAAUACAUCCAUUGGUAAAUGUGUCAAAAUGUUUUAAAAAUGAUAGGGUGUAUGUGUCGAAUGGCCCAAUCUGUAUGGUUAUGUGACAUAACACUGUUAUACAGUGUAAAGGUAAAUUUUCAGUGGGCCCUUGUCAAACUUUAAUUAAGAGAGCUGGGAAAUUAUAGCUAAGUGACAUAUUUAUUGCACCCAGUAUAUGGAAGUGCGGUUCAUUGAUGUGACAAAUAUCUCACUAACGAAUUAGCAGCCAUCACUCCACACAUUUCUUUCAAAAAUAAAUGUGAUCACUUUUAGCACAUAAUGAAAUGACUUUGAAACAUUUUCCUAAAUCAUUAUAAGAAAAAAAAGUUUUUAACUACGUUUUUAAACUGCUAUGGCUUUUUAUAGAAAUCACGUUGAUACAGCUUUUUACGUGUGAUACUUGGACUUUAAAAGUCAGAAUAUACAGUAAUCAAGUGUAGUUAGGAUUAUUAACAGCUUUAAUGUUUAGGAAGUGGGUGUGGUAAGUGUUAAGCCAAAAUCUUUAUGUGAAACUAUUGAAUGGAUGCUCAUCUUUAAGGGAGCUCAAAAUGAACCCAAAAUAUAACCUUGGAAUUUGUGUUUCUAGUUUUGUGUCCAUCUGAAACUGAUCUUUGCAGCCAUAUGAAAAACCAUUGACACAUGCAUUAAUACAUUAGAAAUGUCAAGCAUAUGACAUUCAUGUCCACAAGUAUGGUAUACUAUAGUGGAAACGCAAUGCAUUCAAGGGAUAACAUAUACUCUUGUGGUUCCAUCCCUUGCACAAGAAGAAAUUGGUCACUCCUAUUAAAUGAACAUGAAAGGAAGGCUGAGAGGAUAUUCAUGCACCAGUUGUUAAUGUGGGUCAGGCCAUAGUGAUUGCUAGUUUAUGACUUGGGUAGCUAAAGCCUUGGAUGUGGGGCUCUUUAGCCUAGGAUCUCUACAGUUAGUGGACAGGUAAGGAAGAUAAUUUUGUGUUGUUGUUAUUUUUAAUUUUACAUCAGGCUGGAGCUUCUCAAGUCAGCCACAUAUUAUAAGUAUAAAGCUAAUUAGUACAAUGACUCUGCCAGGCACCACCUCCUCUUCCAGAGGCAUGGGUGGUGCACCUCAGCUAGCUAUCAGCAAGCCGUGUUGAGGCACAAAACUUUGCUACAUACCUCUCUAUUAGUUAGGUAGUGUGGCAGGGUCAUAUUGAAUAACUAGGCAUGCAGCAUGCGCUUGCUUCCGAUUAUGCUUUCAUUGAAUUCCCGGAGAGCAUCAGCAGCAUGCUAUUCAAAAAAAAGUUAGCGUACCUCUAAUUGAGAGGGUCUCUCAAUGUAGCUAGGGAAAAUCAUCAGUACUAAUUGGGAAAUAGGCCACACUUCACUGGCAAUGCUUUGGUAUGAGAAACAUUCACUUCCCCUUUGUACUGGGGCACACAGUUCUCAGGAUUAGCACCUUCCCAUCAGUCUGAUUGAGAGUGUGAAAUCAACACUUUUGUAGAGCAAAAAAGAGACACUAAUAACGCCUAAAACAAUUUCAUAUAUAUUUAUUGUUUGCAUGUAUUAAUACAUUGUGGUAAAAUAGUAAAGUGAGCGAAAAUGACAUUUUGAAAGAUUAACACCUUAAUGGUCUGGUCCCUAAAGACCCACCUGGUGUUAGUAAGAAAUGUCCUGCUUGUUUGCGUUUUGCAGCUUUAUACGGUGUUCCAAUUGUUAGAUAUGCCUGCCUUUCCAUUUUUGAUAUAUGAUCUUUAAAGACAACAUUUUAAAGUGAAACUGUCAUCCUCAAAUCUUGAGGAUGUCAAGUUACCUUCAAGUAGGUAUACAUUUACUGUUAACUGUACAUUGGUAAACAUAUUAACCAAAAUAUGUAGUUACCUGAACAUUUUAUUCUAUUACUCCAACAUGUUCUCAGACGAUUACAUUUGUCACUGCUCCCAUUGGUCUCCGUAGUUAGUUAAUUUUUUUUUUGUAAAAUUAAUAAAGUUAAAAACACAUUCAUUGACACACAUACUUUGGUAGCCUUACAUGGAGGAGUUGGAUGUAGGUUAUAACGUGAUAUUCUUGCAGGUAUAGGUCACUCCUUGCCAAGUGGAUGUACAUAUAGUAAUAUUAGUAAUAUAUAUAUAUAUAUAUAUAUAUAUAUAUAUAUAUAUAUAUAUAUGUAUAUAUAUAUAUAUAUUUUUUUUUUUUUCAUUUAUUUUCUUUUUCCAUAUAAUCAAUUUUUCUUUACACAUUUCUUUUCUGUGCAUAAGGUGCAUAAUGUUGGUGGUUUAAUUUUGCAUUAUAUUUUACUGCAAACUAAUGUGAAUCAAAAUAUAUCACAAUAAACCCCAGUUGCCUUCACCUCGUCUCAGCAUGAGAAAUAACUUGAUUCCGUCAGGGGCCAAUAUGGCCUAUAAGUCUAUCAUUAGACCUGCAUCAGACCGGAUGUUAAAAUAUAAUUAUUUUGAUUUUCUUUAACAAAUAUACCAACUUUUUAAGACACGUAUUAUAUUUUAAUUUUACCACUCUUAUAUAUUACUAUUAUAGUACUUCUUUAAUAUACACUUAAAAAAUAUUAUUGGAUGAUAGUUAUUCAUUGUAUUGCCCCAUUUUUUAUUUAUUUUUUAUAAUUAUUUUCUCUUCUGUAUUGCUAUUGAAAAAUGUAUUAAUAAAAACUAUUUGAAAGAUAAAUAACUUUCUAAUAUGUCUUAUACAAAGGGGCUGUAAUUGGUGUUUGGUUCUGGCAAUGUAACUGUGCUUACUGUAGGUGAACAGAAUGCUCAGAUACAAUCAUAAUAUUUAGAUUCUGCUGGCAUUUUGUUAUUGUUUCUUUCAAAAAUACCAGAGAAUUCCUUACAAAUACAUUUGAGCAAUAUUUUCCCUAUUUUGAUUUACAUUUUUGUCACAUUUUUAUCAUGCUGUUCUUCUAUACUAUUUUUGUAACCUGUAUGAAACAGUCAAAGGCAAGUGUAUAGUAUAAUCACUCAUAAUUUUUACUUUUUUUCAAUAUUUCUGCAAAGAAAGAAUAUAUGGAAAAUCAAAAACAUGUAUAUUUACCUGCUGUAAAUGUUAAAGGUAUGCUUGAGCAGCCAUCUAUACAUGAUAUUCUAUUCUAAGUAUUCAAAUUUGGUAUGUUAGCUAUACAUUUAAUGUUUAAUAUAAAUGUUUGUAAUUAAAAGAAGUUAAGAAAAGAUUACAAUAAUAUUGUGGCUUUGUUCUAAAAUCUUCUCUUACUUCCUAGAAGACAUGAUAUACUGAUAUGUAUUCCAGACACCCACUCUCCCGACCUGAAAACAUAAUGAAUAAUGGUGUGCUGAGGAUUUAAUUAUAAUGUCAAGUAGACAUGUCAUUCAAGACUAUAGAAGUCCACAAUAGUGCAAAUGCAGAGUAAAUCAUUCUACUUUCUGCAUGUUACAUAUUAAAUCAAGGUCACUUUAUAAAUCAUCUUUGAAAAAGCAUCACAGUUUAGAUGCAGAUACUUUUAAUCCAAUAGAAAAAAAAUGAUGAAAAUGUUAUAUGUGUACUUAGGGGUGUGCGAGCUGUGCGGCUGCACAGGGCGCCAUGGAGCAGGGGGCACCAUGUGGCCGACACAGCUCGCUCAUGCCCGGUGUCAGGGGAGCUAAAACAGGUACCCGGGUGGAGGAUUUCAUUAUUCUCCACCCCGGUCUAUUAAAAAAAAAAAUAAUAAAAUCGAGGAGGGGGGGGGGAUUAAGCACGUCGGGGGCGGAGGAAGAAGGAAGUAGCCCCUGCUUCUCCAACAACCAACUGCAUCCACUGGAAAGAGGUAAGUGUGUGUGUGUGUGUGACUGCCUGUUUGUGUGUGUGUGGCUGUUUGCCUGCCUGCCUGUGUGUGUGACUGCCUGCCUGUACGUGACUGUCUGUCUGUGUGACUUUGACUGCAUGUCUGUGUGUUACUGUUUGUCUGUGUGUGUGACUGUGACUGCCUGUGUGUGUGAGACUGCCUGCCUGUGUGAAGGUCUGCCUGUGUGUGAUUGCCUGUCUGUGUGUGACUGUCUGUCUGUGUGACUGCCUGCCUGUGUGUUACUGUCUGUCUGUGUGUGUGACUGCCUGUGUGUGUGUGUGAUUGCCUGCCUCCCUGUGUGUGUGCCUGUCUGUGUGACUGCCUGCCUGUGUGCGUGACUGUCUGUGUGACUGCCUGCCUGUGUGUGUGUGACUGUCUGUCUGUGUGACUGUGACUGCCUGUCUGUGUGUUACUGUCUGUGUGACUGUGACUGCCUGACUGUGUGUGACUGCCUGCCUGUGUGUGUGAUUGUGACUGCCUGCCUGUGUGUGUGUGACUGCCUGCCUGUGUGUGUGACUGUCUGACUGCCUGCCUUUGUGUGUGUCCACCUGCCAGUGUGUGUGUGUGUGACUGUCUGUCUGUGGGACUGUCUGCUGGCCUGCCUGUGUGACUGUCUGUCUGUGUGACUGCCUGCCUGCCUGUGUGUGUGUGACUGUUUGCCUGUUUGUGUGACUGCCUGUGUGUGUGCCUGCCUGUGUGUGCCACUGUCUGUCUGUGUGUCUGAUUGCCUCUGUGUGUGACUGUCUGUCUGUGUGACUGCCUGCCUGUGUUGUGUCUGCCUGUAUGUGUGUGAUUGUCUGUCUGUGUGACUGACUGCCUGCUUGAGUGUGUGUGUGUGUGACUGUGUGACUGCCUUCCUGUGUGUGACUGCCUUUGUGUGUGUGUGACUGCCUGUGUGUUUGACUGUCUGCUAGUAACUGUUUGUGUGACUGUCUGCCUGUGCCUGUGUGUGUGACUGUAUACAGGCAACUUGGUGGGUCUGGGGUGCCGUGAAGACUUUUCGCACAGGGCGCCUAUUUGCCUAAGGCUGUCCCUGUGUAUAUAUAUAUCUAUCUAUAUAGAUAUAGAUAUAUAUAUCUAUAUCUAUAUCUAUAUAGAUAGAUAUAUACAUACAUAUACUGUACAUGCACACAAAUAUAAUGAAUAAAUGCCUCCUAACAGUCCUGCUUUUAGCAGGACUGUUCCGAUCUUAGGGUCCUGUCCUACCAUUCUGAUUUUGUUUCCUGGAGUCAUACAGCACAGCGCAAGUGCAUCAUUAGAUUAGUACUUGUGAAUGGAAACUAGAGCCAUACAGAGUAGUGCUCUCUGCAUGGUCCUAUAUGCCUAUAUGUAGGGGGGGCAGCCAGACAAGCUGUCAUUUAGUCUGGUAACUUGUCCAGUUUGGGAGUCGUCAGUGGUAGGAGAUGUGUCAUUGGUGAAGCUCCAAAGAGGGCUAACCUGUAACGGACAUUUCCACACCUCUCAAUGGCUUAUCACCUAGUUUAAAAUGGUGAGGAUUUUCUAUAUUGUGUUUGGUUAAUAUUUGUGGAGGAACUUCUGUGUUCUUGAAACUACGAAUCAGAUUGCGCUGAAAGGAGUCUGGCUCUCUGAUAUUGUUACGGUUGCCUCCAGGCUGGAUGGAAGUUGGACCAUAGAAAGGAUGCUCCUAGCGCUCACCCAAAGACCAUCAGCACCGUAGACACCAUAACUACUACGUGGACACCAUAAAUACUGCAGACUCCAUGAACCGCCGCUACUGGGCUAGGAUCUCGCCAUCUGCUAUCCACCCUGGACCUACGACCAGGCUCCAGGUUCCAGUAGGUGAACCUCUUCCUUCUGUAGAGCGAAGCAGGAUCAGGAACAAGAGCUCUUACAAGAGCUCAGUAGCUAUGGGAGUAUGAAGAGCAUAGCAAUCCCUGUAGUGAUUACAGCUGUCCCCUACAAACAUGAGUCAAGGCUGCAAGUUGGAGGAUCAAGUCAUUCUGUUUUAUUUGGCACCAAAGGGCCUUCUUUUAUGCAGGUUUUCCUUACAUAGGACCACCCACUGGAUUUUACAGAACAACCAAUAACAUUACAGUCCUUACAUAGGACCACCCACAGUGUUUUACAGAAAAACCAAUAACAAAUACAUUACAGAAAACACUCCCAGCAAUUACACACAAAAUCCUCCCCUCUGCCUGUGAUCUAAUUAUGGCACACAAUGGUUAACAUAAUUACUACAGGCAGGAAUAAUACAGUUUUUAUACAUGUACUAUAACUUUAAAACCAUACAUCCAAUCUUCGUCCAACAUCCAAUUACAUAUUCAGAAUCAGCACACUUUAAAUAUAAACAUAACCAAAAAUCACACAAAUUCCUCCAGUGGAUAAAAAGUUAGACGGAAGUCCUUUAUGACCGACUGUGCUGUGCGGUCGGUCUAUUUCAGGCCGAAUGGGACUUAGUCUCUGCGGCUGAAAGUUCACUAUGGGAGAAGGUACAGGUCAGCGGUGUUCGCGGAAUUGUGCAGCGGAUUUUAGUUCCAUGAAUUUGGCUGCACACACCGCUGACCGUAUUUGAAUGAACAAAGAUGGCGCUGCCACGUGUUCGUCUGCGCGAACAGCAGCCACCCAGCGUUCGGCAAUUUACCUACAGCAAUCCCACAACCUGGGAGGUAAAUUGCCUGCACACUUCCACUUCUGGGUGGUCGGCCUGUGUGGUACUUGGUUCAGUAAGCCCCAUUUACUGAACCAAGUGGGAAAUAGCCAGGAACAAAGGGUUUUAACCAAGUCUGGGGACACUGGGGACACAGGCUUAAAGGGGCAGUGUCCCAAGCAAGUCUGGGGACACCGUCUUAAAGGGGCAGUGUCCCAAUUUUCUCUAUGCCCCAAAGAGGUGCUUAAAGGGCCAGCACCAGUCCUGUAAAAAGUCCAUAAGCCCCAAUAUGCCCACCGACUGUCUUAAAGGGCCAUACACACCCGGUCCAUGGUCAUGGGGGAGGAUGCUGGCAAAGAGGCUCCUCCAUAAUCCAGGGGAGCAGGGCAAUUUGUCAUUUAAAGGAACAGUUACAAAAGGCAUUUUGUAACAUGUAUAUUUCACCUUAAAAGAAGAGACUAAUGCUGAAUAAGUCUGGGUCUCAAACCUAAUACCAGUCCACCUGUAUGUGCUGCAACACAACCUUAUCUGUAGGCUGCCCCCCAUGCCUCACUUCCCUGAUCUGUAGCGUGUCUCCCCUUCCCUCACUUACCUGAUCUGUACGCUGCCCCCAUGCCUCACUCUAAUUUGUAGGCUGCUUCCCAAUGCCUCACUUACCUAGUGGCAUACAUACCGUGGUUGCAGGGGUCGCAGCUGUGACCGGGCUCACCACUCCAGGGGGCCCGGCCGCCCUGUGGACCCCUGUGACCGGUAUCCGCCGCCAUCAUCUUCCGCGGCCCCAGGCCACACGGCAAACCGCCGGGACCGCUGUCCAAGAAGUACAUCGGGUGGCCCAUGCUGUCAGGGCCACCCGAUGGAUAUGGAUUGUCAGGCCAGCACGACUGGGCCCCCUGUGAUGACAACACAAGUUGGGAGGAAGUGACCGCACAUCAUUCCUCCCAGCUAACACUGAGAGCCGCUCGGGAGGAAGAACAGGGAGUCAGAGUGAGAACUCUGACUCCCAUCCACCUGAGCCACCACUGGACCCCAGGAAGUCACCCUCCUGCACAAAAAGGUAGGAAACAGGAGGGUGACUUAAACAUUUUGUGUGUGUGUUUGUAUGUAUGUGUGUGCCUGUCUGUAUGUAUGUGUGUCUGUGUGUGUGUGUGUGUGUGUCUGCCUGUUUGUAUGUAUGUCUUUGUAUGUAUGUGUGUGUGCAUGUAUGUGUGUCUGCCUGAAUGUGUGUGUGCUUGUCUGUUUGUGUGUACGUAUGUGUGUCUAAUGUGUCUGUCUGUGUGUGUGUCUGUCUGUCUGUGUCUGCCUGUGUGUAUGUGUGCCUGUCUGUUUUUUUAUGUAUGUGUGUUUGUAUGUAUGUGUGUCUUGUGUGUGUCUGUCUGUCUGUUUGUAUGUGUGUGUGUGUCUGUAUGUAUGCCUGUCUGUUUGUAUGUAUGUGUCUGUGUGCCUGUAUGUGUCUGUAUGUAUAUAUGUGUGCCUGUCUGUUUGUAUGUAUUUGUCUGUGUCUGUAUGCGUCUGUGUGUGUGUCUGUUGAGGGGGGGGCCCACGGGUCAUUUUCGCACCGGGGCCCCAUGGUUUGUGUGUACGCCACUGCUCUUCCCUAAUGUGUAGGCUGCCCCCCCGGGCCUCACUUACCUGAACUGUAGGCUGCCCCCAUCACUCACUUACGUGAUCUGUAGGCUGCCCCCAUCUCUCACUUACCUGAUCUGUAGGCUGUCACCCCCCUAUCCCUCACUUACCUGAUCUGUAGGCUGCGCCCCAUCCUUCACUUACCUGAUCUGUAGGCUGCCCCCACAUCCCUCACCUAUCUGAUCUAUAGGCUGCCCCAUCCCUCACUUACCUCAUCUGUAGGCUGUCUCUGCAGUCUGGGAGUUGUUGGCUUCAUGUGCUGCUCCCCCUGCGGAUUCAGUCAGCAGAGAGAAGCAGGGAUAAGAUGUAGCUUCCUAUCCCUGCCUCACUCCACACACCGCCACCUACUGGCCAGCACCGGUAUUGCAGUGUAUUCUGAAUCACACAAGAAAAAUAUUGGCACAAGCUGAAAAAUCCAGGGGGGUGGGGGCAAGUGCCCCCUACCUUGCCUCGCCUGCGGACGCCCGCUCAUGAUGUCUCCACUCAGUGACUUUAUUUCUCAAGGAACACACUGCACUGAGAUUGUGAUAGCCUAAAUAGUCAAUAACCGUGGACAUAUAUGUAUGAUGAAAAAGAAUUACACUACACAUAAAAAAAAAUUGGAUGCAGAUCUCACUGUUUUGAUAUCUUGUAAAAGUUUAUAAAUGGUGCUGCAAGGUUAUUAAAACAAUUACAUAAAGCUUUUCAAAUAAGAAUUCAAUUGAAUUAUUUGAAUACAAUGGUCUCUAGUCCCUUUUAGAAAUCAAUUACAGUAGAAUAUCUGGAUAUGCAUAAAGCAAGUACAACUGUAAUUAGAAUUACACAUGAUCAAACUUAAAACUUAGCUUAAUUUAUAUCAAAACCCCAUGUAGGCCCUAGUGGUUAAGAUGAUUGGAGUUACCCUUUAAUACAGUCUUGGUUCCUAAAUGCAAUCCACACACUUUGGCAAACAUAAACAUGGCUGUUUCAGAGAAAUAGCAUUAUUAAUGUUUGUUAUUGUGACUAUCAAUCAAUCAGUCAAUCAGACAGCCACUAGAGGCACUUCUUGGUGAAGACUUUAAAUAAUUGAAUGUCUUCUCGUUCUGCAUCAUUACAACUCAGAACACAGUUAAAGUCCCCUAUAAAUAAACAUGCACAGAAUGGCCCUCAAUAGAUUGCCCAUUGAGGAGCAUUAGAUUGGCCUAAGGUCUUCCGAGUAAUGAUCUCAGAAGGAGUCGGCGUGGUGGCCAUUGGUUGAGAGAUGAGUUUAUCUUUGUUUUUACUUUGUAAAGAGGGGCUUGGUAUUUUAUUGGCACUAGUAGCCCUAUAAUGUUAUAUAUACAUAUAUGUGUUUAAAACGUUAGAGUAUUCCAUUAACACAUUCUAUAUCAAUUCUAUAUCAAAUCAAUAUAUUCCGUUAAAUGUAUAUAAACAUUGUUUGUCCCAGGUAGAAUACUAUAUUGCUGUAGUUGGACCCCUUUGUCAUUACAGGUAAUGCAACAUAAACUUUUGAUUGUUGCUGCCUUUUUAAGGUACAGCUGUAGAUGGUUGUGUCUGCAGGAUACUACAACAGCAUGGCUCUCAAUAGUUCCGCUUUUGAAAGGAUAGUCCUGAUUGUGGGAUAGUGUCUUGUCAUCCUAUUUUGUUUUAUGGUGUCAGGCAUAUGGCACUGUCUUCGGCUAGCAGGAUACAUGCACAUCAUUUAAUGCAAGCCUUCCUGCAAGUAAGAGGCUGACCUGGAUGCUCUAAGUCUUGUGCUUGAUGCUAGGCUGACACUACUUCAGUUUAUGGACAUGUCCUCUUCAUGGGCAGUUCCACACUAGGAAGGUCCACCCAUUCAACCAUGGGUGCCACCAGUAACACAAGUUGCAUUUCUGGCAAUGCCCCCUGGAUGUUCCACCCACUCAUACCUAUUGCCUACUUCCCAAUGUUGUGAUGUAUGCUCCAGGGUACUUGGGUAAUUUUAGGAUACUUGGGUAAACCCAUGAUAGUCCAAUAUAUUACAGAAUAUUUAAAACUACCUCAGGAUCCUCCUCUUAACAUAUUCAGCACAUGUAUAAAGUGCAACCCUGCUUGUGUGCAGAAUGUUUAGGCUUCCAAACAGGUUCUCUGAUGUCUGUGAACUAGAAAUCCCAUGCUGCCUUUAGCAUGACAAAGCAUCAUGGAAACUGUAGUUCAAAAACAUUUGGGUUUUACUUUUGGUACUCCUGGUUAUGGGCGUUCUUUCAUUCUAAAGUCCCUUCUUUUCCUAGAGUCUAUUCUUUGACUUCUGCUUUUUUAACCUUAUUUUAAUUAUAGGGCAUACCCAUACUCUGCCUUUUGAUAUCUCAAAUAAUACACAUGACCUAAAUUAAACUCUGGAUGUUGUGGUUUUAUUAAUUAAAAGCAAUUAAUCGAGAAAUUACAUUCUAAUUUAAAAAUGCAAUUUGCAUUUAUAUUGCGCAAAACACGUUGGCAUGUUUUUGUUUUAACACUGUUUAGAAUGUGACACUUUGAUAAAUCUUCCGCUAAGUGUCUCAAGAGGUUAUUUUGUAUUACGCUCUAUAAAUCACUAUGUGAGCCGCUGUGUAAAAUAUAGAAUUCACGGCUGAAUGCUUCAUGUAGGGACAGAUGGAUCACAGUCAUAUCACAUUACCUCAUUUUAUGCAGUCAUAAUAUCCAAACAUUAAAAGCAAUAGCAACUAGUGUGAGAAAUUAAUGUACAUGGAGGUUUAAAAUCCACACCCAUUGCAUUUCCACUGACACAUUAUAUAAACUGCCCUUUACAUGUGGAGACACCCUCCUGGCUGAGAAAAGUAGACCGCACCCCUUUAAUGCUCAAGGGACGUAUAGGCAUAUUGCUAUUUUCUGUGUUUUGGAAAAUAAGCCUGCUGAGCUAUGGGUGGCAGUGUUCUUAGACACCGAACCACAGUAACUGGGUUUGAUAGAAAUUAGAAAUAUGUUCUGAAAACAGUUGCGAGCUUUGCCAAGCAAAAUUUCAAAUAUUGCCUGAAAAAUAGUAUUGUUAAUCUAUCAAGAUCCCAUCACAGUAUUGUAUUCUUUUGUAAACCGUAGACACUAGUUCUGAUUUUUGCUGACCAAAACAUUAUAUAUCUCCCAGUACAAGCUAUGAAAUUGUAAAUGAAUAAAGGCCACUAUAUUAUUAAAUUACUACUUCAGGAAUCACACCACGAGCACAUGAUUAGAUGCACAAGCGCAAUGUAGUCGGCACCAAGGUCAUGCAGAGGGAGCUUCAGGAGCACUCUCUGCAUGGCUCUGUAGGUUGGGGGCUGAGAACGAGGCUGUCUGUCAGCCUGACAUGCAACACUAUAAUCGCCUAACUGAUGAGAUUAAAGAGCUGACCACGUACAUAGGCUAAAGAUCUAUUGCAUAAAAUAACGGAGAAGUUCAGCACCUAAUAUGCUAUUCUCUGAUACUGUGAAAAGAAGAAUUGGACAAAAUAUUUAUUUGAAGAGGCCAAUAAACCUUACACACUUUUGGCAAAUUAAAGAAAACAACGAGCCUCACCUUUGAUUCUAAUGUGCGUUUACGUUUGACUUUUAGAAAAGUCUUUAUGAUGGCUCUACGGAGGAUUAUGUAUAGAAAAAAAAUGCUGGGAUUCACAAUAAGCCUUUCCCCCACUUCCCCUCUUCUUUUUUCCUUUUGUGUUGUUCUCUUUGCUUGUUUUUAUAUUCAUCUGGCUCCGCUGUGUUUGUAUGUAAUUUUAUUUUAAAAAUUUUGUAUUUUUGUUGUGUACGAUGUUUUAUUGAUCUAAUGUUUUAAUUAUUAUGGUAUACAAUUACUUUUCAAUAUUUACACAUAGUUCUGGUUUGCUGUUGUAAUUUUUUUUUAAAUGUAUUGCCACGCCAGAGUUCAUAACAAAGGUUCCUAUAAUAAAAAGUAAGUUAGGAGACAGUGAAGGUAUCACUUACAAUUUCCAAUGAAACAAAAGUUUUAUUCUCAAUGGGUUUUGCAAACCCAUUAAAAUAGGAGGCACGUUCCAUUUAGCUUUUUUUUUCUGUUACGUAUUUGCUCAAUUGUUUUGUAUUUUCAAGUAUAUUGUAGAAUUUUUAUAAAUGCUUGCUUACUUUUUGCUUUGUAUGCUUCUAUCUCCUAAUAAAAAAAUAAAAAUAAAAAUUAGAUUAGAAUAGAUUUUUAUAAUGAGAGAUUUUUUGUUGUUUGUAUUCACAUUUGCAGUUACUCAAAAUUAAUAAAAAAAAAUAGAUUAAUUUAAAAAAAAAAUCCCAGUCAGCUAUUCUUUCAUUUCUGCUUUAAAUUUGAAAUUUACUUUGAAUUCCCAACAAUUCUCACUUUAGCAAAUAACCCUGUUGGUGUCAUAAGGCAAGAGCACGUUAAUAACCUCCUGAAAAGGUAAGCUGGGUCUCUUGCAUACCCUCAUUUUCUUUCUCACAAUUGCAAAAAUAGCUGUUAGUGAAUCUUUUUGAGGUAUGGAAGUAUCUAUAUACAAAUUGUAAAGAUAACACAUUAUAUUUAAGUGACAGUAAAACCCUGAUGUUGGCAAGAAAAGUAAAUAUGAGAUGUCAUGGAGCUCCAUCAGGUCAGCUUCCUCUCUGCUACUAGGGACUCUGGAGCUCUUCACACCCAGUUGCUGAAGCUUGACUGAGGUCUCUGAAGACCUCUUCCACCAGACCAAGCUGCAACUCUCUCCUUCCAGGCAGGUAUAAUCCACUCUACCUUUGCCUCCUCUGUUACUCUCCCAGGCAGGUCUCAAAACAUCUGUCUACUCUGUCUCCGACUGUUGCCUUUACAAAGAUACUUGUGGCUCACAGGUCUAGCUCUUUAUUAACUCACCCCAGGGAUCAGAGACCUGUGCAGCCAGUCGACAGGCCCGGAAACUCUGUUGCUUGGAUCCCUGAACAAACCAGACAGGACACAGUUCCCAGUGGAACUUAUACAAUACUUUAUUUACUCUACGUACUAGCCCCUAUCCACAUUACAUUCAUACAUCAUUGUGACAAUCAGUUACAUACACAAACCAUAAUCAUAGGAGGAAUCAUAGAGGCACUCAUAUCACAGUACAAUAAUUAUAAAGGGUUGUUGAAGACGAAAACUGACAAGAAGUGCGUUCCCUGCCUGCCUAAACCAUAAUAUGCAAAUCUACCUGAAUCUGCAAAUUAAUUAGCUUUACUAUUCAGAUUGUGCAUAUAACUGUUUCAAGAUCUUCACAACCAACAGAUGGUGCAGUACAGGCUUGCAAGAUCAUUAACAAUUAACAAGUGGCGCUGCAUAGGCUCCACAGCCAAAUCCAACUACUUGAUAGAGAACAUCAGCAGUACAGGAGAGUAUAUAAAACAUUAAACAAAUAACUAUAAUAUACACUCUGCACCUAUAAUAGGUACAGAGUGACCCAGACAUAAGAGUAAUCAGGGACCUACAUAUAAUGUCCAUAAUAGUGCUACCGUCACAUUAGAGUUAUUCCAUGGUUGAACCAUGUCCCUAUAACUUUCCAGCUGACUACUCAUGACCCGGGUUUAGAUGCUUGGAGACUGAAUGAUACUAGAUUAUAUAAAAAUUAUACAUUUUUCCACAAACAAAAUUAACAAGGGAUUUUUGACACUCAUUCAUUUGAUGGUUCAUUACAGCCAAUUCUUUUCCAUUAAAAAUAUUCUUGAAAACAAUUCAGACUAAAAGAAAUGCAGCAAUGAGCCAAUCGCUGUACUGCUAAAUAUCUACAUAAUAUAAAUAUCAUGUGUAUAUUUUGCAGUACAUUGAUACAUUGAAAAAAAAGUAACCAAGAGAAGGGAAAAAGAGGAGGAGCACUAAAUAAUCUUUAUUUAUAUAUUGAUAUACUAUAUAACAAAUAUAUGAAGAUUUAGCCAUCAAUUGUAUAUUUUUCCAUCAAUCACCUUUCUUUAAGUGCCAUGGGUGUAAUUUGAAUCCUGAAGCAAAUGAACAUGGUUGUCCAUCCAGCUAGUUGUAUGCUUAGCUAUAUGUCUGUGUGGUGCUUUGGAGAUGCAAAAUGCAGCAGAAACGCUGUUUGGCUUAAAUUUGGACAAAUUAUAAUUUAACCAAAACCAAAUAUGUCAUCUAUUGCAGGUUGCUGUGUGGUUAAGAUCACUUAGGGCUGUGAGCAUGUGUGCAGAUAUUUAAGUCAUUUUCUAAAGUGAGUGGAAUGAUAAUGGCUAAGAAGGCAAGCUUAAGGUACAGCAUUCGGCAAAAUAUUUAUUUGUUUUGUGCAAAAAUUAAAAAGAUUUGAGCAUGCAAAAAAUAAAACCUAUCAAAUGCAUUAAAUAGGUAUUGUUGUUCGGAGUGUCCCAUUGCUGCACAACUUAAUAUUCUAUAUACCUUUUAUACUCUCUGAUUGUCUUCCAUUUGGAAUAUUUAAACAGCUUCAAAUCCAGAUGAAUGAAUCUGGAAGAGUGUUGCUAAGGCUUGGAAACAAAAGACACACCCAAACCUUAUAUCAAUACAUGAUAAAGUUGUAUUAUAUUUAAAGGGACACUACAGUCACCAGAACAACUACAGCUUAAUGUUGUUGUUCUGGUGAGUAUAAUAGCUUCUUUCAGGCAUUUUCAUGUAAACACUGCCUUUUCAGAGAAAAGACAGUGUUUACUUUGCCCCUCGGGACACCUCCAAGUGGCCACUCCUUAGAUGGCCACUGGAGGGGCUUUCUGGCUCAGGACUGCUCAGUAAGCAGCCCUGCCAUUCAGCGUCCCCACGCUCUGCAUGGAGACGCUGAAUUUUCCUCAUAGAGGUGCAUUGAUUCAAUGCAUCUCUAUAAGAAGGGGCUAAUUGGCCAAAAUGGCAUUCGUUCCCGCCCCCUUGCAGAUUUUAGCCAAUCCAAUGUUUUCCUCAUGGGGACAUUUUGAUGAUGUCACAAAGGGGGCGGAGCCAACACGGCAGACCUGUGCGGCACUGGAAAUAAGGUGCGUUUUAAACUUUUAAAUGGGGUCACAAUUAAGGGGGCAAGCCACCUUAAUUGUGGGUUUAGCACUAUAGGGUCAUUAAUGCAUAUUUGUGUUCCUAACCCUAUAGUGAUCCUUUAAGACCUAUGAAGAAAGAUGAUGAAAAUGAAAAAUUUUCAAAGUAUGUAGGAAAAAUAACUGAACUAACCAAUAAACCAGAAUUUGUUUUUGUAACCCAUAAGUGCGAAUUUAAAUUUAAAUAUAAAAAAUAAACUUUAUACCAUGGUCAUAUAAAGCUAUUUGUAAUAAUCCACUAUAACAAUGCCAUUGCAAUUAUGAUAUUUAUACCAUGGUUAUAGACACAUGACUGUAAUAGUUUGUUGUUUAAAUAUAUCAGGUAUGAAGCUCACUUGUAGUAUUACGAGUUUAUAAAUUGUGUUUUAUAGUAUAGCUGUAAUAUUUCUGCUUUAUAAUGUAAUUGUUAAAAAAUUCUUGCUUCAAGUGGUUUCCCCAAUUUCAUCUGAAAAGGCAACUUAUAAUGACUUGUCCAGUCUCAAAAUUAUUUAAGAUUUAAACAAUAGCACAAACUGUUUAAUGCCAAACAAUUUACCAGCAUAAGAAGCAUAUUUAACAUUAUAAAGAAAAAACAAACAAAUGUAUUAUAGUAUAAUUGAAUUUAUAAUUUGUAAAUGCAGCCAGCCGUACAGUUAUAUAUAGAGCACUACCAUUACUGCGCCUUAGAGAUUUAAACAGGUUUUAUCUUUACAUCAACACCAGGCAUUUACGCAAUGAUACCAUGACAUGUCUUUAUGGCUGUGCCAUACUAUGAGUCACAUUCUGGCUCUAGAAUGCAUGUAAUUGUUUAUACAAUUACGCUGUGUUGUAUCUGUGCACUCUAUAAUGGUAGGUACAGCGAUGUGGUGUUCUGAGGAUACUACUGCUUUCCCUAGGUUAACGCGCAAGAUUCUGGUACACAGACCUCAGUGACUGAAGCAACUGGUAGAUGAACAGUGAGCAGCUACCUGUUAGAUUGGAUAGAGGAUACAUUUGUUUCUCUCCACAGUCUGUGAGGCCACAUUACAAUGAUGGCUAAGUGUCACACAAUGAGGGAGGGGAAAAGGAACAGAUACAAAAUGCAUCUUGCCCUGUGUAUCCAAAAUAUUGCCCCAGCCCUGCAUAUGUUCCUAUGGGGUGACUUAUGGUGGAUGCUAAUGACAUGCUUGUACCAAAUUAACAUAUCAUGGAGCAAAAUGGAAGCUGAGAUUGUGAACCACUUUCCUUACCAAAAUGAAGAGGCUUGAUAUCUUGCAUAAUAUAUCUCUGCUUGUCCCAUGACAGAAUAAGCAAGCAUUUUAUAUUAAAAAAUAUCAACUUUUUAUUACAUGCUAUAUAUUUAAUAUAUUCUGUCUGGGUAUGGCACUAGUAGUAAAAGCAACAGUUGUGUGCAUUAUUAUCAUGAGAGUAAGAACUGUCUAAUCGACGAAUUGUUAAAAUACUAAAAGUAUUAUCCCAAGCUGAAAAUGAUGCCCAUUUGUAAAAGAAUUAUGAAGAUCACAAAUAUGAAAAAUGUGCCCAUGAAUUAACAUACCUUCCAAAAUCCCUGCCAAGUGAGCAGGCAUGAAGGUGGUGGGUCCACCUAGAAAGGAAUAGUACAAACAUGGAUCUGUUCCAGCAAAUUCAGGACUGGCACUUAUAAAUACAAGAUAGAUCAAAAAAUAUGUUAAACAAAUUAUGCAACCUCCAGAGCAAAGCGGAAGGCUCUAAAUUAUUUCAAUCAAUCAGUGAUGUCCCAUACAAUUGUCUGGGAGGGUGACUGAGAGCACGGCACAUGAUAACGGGAUUAUUUAUUUAUUUUAACUUGGCAGGGAAUAGGUUAAGUAAGGAUCAAUGGUAGUAUGAUUACAACCAUGUUUUUAACUAUCAAAUGUCCCAAUCAUGUGAUGACAGCAGGGCUUUAUGGAGCUUCCAAUGAUAAAUACACAUGACAUUCCAGGCAUUGGGCCUUUACAGGAAAUAUUGUGAUGACAGCAUGAAUUAUUACUGGUCCUUAACGGGUUAAUAUCUAGACGACCAAGAAUAUGGAUUCUGUUUACUAUUCAAUACAGCUUGUCUACCUCUUGUUUACUUUUUUCUUUUUUUAAAUUACCGUGUUUUGCCUACACUUUACUAUUUAUUUUUUGCUGUUACACUCUAGAAUUUUGUAGAGAAUUGAACAAAUAAUUAGAAGCAAUCUGUGGUAUAGAGGCCAAAUAGCCUGUGACCCAUCUGAGUUGAAGAAUUUCUCCAUAUCAACUUUUAUUGCCUACAUUUUAUUUUCCCUUAACUACAAUUCAAAUUUUAGUAAGUGAACCCCCUCAGUGAAUGUCUUUACCUAUUAAACUAUUGCGGGCAUUAUAGCUAGUAGAUAUGUUAUUGAGACAUGCUCUUAUAUCAGGAGACUACUGUAAAGACAUAUAAUGGAAUAUUUAUAAGUAGCAGAGAAUAUUCAUAUUCAAAAUAUUAAGCCUUUAGUGAGCUAGCACCAAUAUCCUUUGUGUUUCUUCACACUCACAGAAUGGUGCAAAUAUCAUUCCUCCUGGAAUCCCCAACUUUAAAUACCCUUAGUAGGUUUUGAAUGUUCAUUGGAUACUAGUAAUAAACUCUCUCUGUUUUUGGUCAGAUAUGAUACAUAUGCGACUGAAUAUAAAAUGGUCUGCUCAUUACAUAUUAUGGAACCUUGGGAACACACUAGCAUCAUAAGAUGAAUGAGAGUCUACAUGUUUGUGUUGAAAAAGAUUACCAGCAGGUAGCUCUCUGACUGUUAUACAGCUUCAUAUCUCAUUAUGCUCAGCCAGCCUUUGACUUAAAAUCCAGUUGAAGGCAAUGAUCUGAACUAAAUGAAUAGCCAGGGCUUUUUAGUCUAUAUUUUAGCAGCGAUUUUGGAAAAGGUUGGAACUUGUAUACACAAAAUAGUGUACAAAACAUUGACUAAACCAACAGAGAGGUGCAAAGUGAUUCACCUUGCCAAGGUACACAAAGGGAACAAUACAUUUAAUAUUAAAAGUAUCAUAGGCAAUAAAUGACUAACUAGAUCCUUGGUUACAAAAUGUUGUAUACAUAUACAUUCAAAAAUGAUUUAUAUAUUGUCUUUUAUGUCUUUAAUUAUCUUUUUAAUAUGUGGCUUAAAAGUUAAGUCUCACUUCUCUCGCUUCCUCUCUCUAUAGGCAAGUAUCUCAUGUCAUCCAACAUAGGAUUUUUUAAAAUGUAGUUAUUUAUUUAUUUAUUUAUUUAAUGACCAACAGGGUUAGUCAUUAAAAAUGGCAGAUACAUGUGCUUUUGUUGCACAUUAAUCAGUGGUGUUAUUUCGAGCAGCGAAACCAUUCAGGUUCUGCUGCUUGAAUUGUGCGUGGUAAUAAAUCCAGCCGCAACUUGAUUAAAAAAAAAAUAAUAAUAAUAUGAACUAUUUUGGACUGAUAGAAUAUAAUCAAGUCACAUAUGUCUGUCUGUUUCAAUAUUUUUACAAAAUCUUUAUUUGAAAAUUAUUACAAUCAUAAAAUAAAGAAAAUGUCAAUGUCAAACUUGUAAACAAUUGUGUGAUAGAUAUUUAUUUAAAAUUAGUUAAAAAAAAAACAAAAAAAACUGGAUAAUAAAAUACAGAAAUCUUUUAUCCCUUAUUCCUUCUGCCUCUCUCUCUUUCUCUGUCUCAUAUUCAUCUAUCUAAUCUUCUUGGUGACAUAUUUCAUCUUACCUUUUAUGACAUAAUACAUUGAUAGACAUAUAAAGUAUAGUGUAGGAAAGUUUUGAAAUAAAAUACUUUUUUUUCCAAGUGUUGCCACAAAGUUACCAAAAAUAAUAAAGUACAAAAUAAUACAUCUAAAAAGCCACCUACCACCUACAGCUUGUGUGUCUAGUACAGCUCAUAGGGGAAUCACUUGGUAAAUUUAGAAACUGAUGUACUGAGCAGCUGCCAAAUCCACUACCUAGCAAGGCCCCUAAAAUAGAAAUGCACGUGUUUGGAUUGGAACACAAAGUAAUGAUUCAUUUUGUUUUCACGUUACUGUCAGUCUCUUUCUUCCCACAUGGCUACAAAGUUAUUUUAUUAGUAUAGGAUACAUUUUUUUUACUUUUUAUGUGAUUUAGGGCAUAUGGGUUUACUAUCUUUACUUACAUUUAUAUAGUGUCCACAUACUAUUCUGUAGAGUUUAACAAUUGUAUGAUUAUAACAGCAAACAUAUAGAAACUACUACAAAUGGUUAUUGAGGAUAAUGAUUGAGGGUAAAGCAUGAAGGAUAAGAUGGUCAGGUUAUUAUGUUCAAAGAAUUUAAAUUGCAAUGUGAAAGAGUGAGAGUACAGACAGCUUUAAGAAAAAAUGUAUUUAAAGGAACACUAUAGUGUCAGGCAUACAAAGUGUAUUCCUGACAAUAUAGGUCUAAACGCACUGUUUAGAUUACUGAUCCCCCUGUCAGCAAGGUUAAAGUUUUUUUUUUUCUUCACUUACAAAAAGUAUAGAUUUCAAUCAAAAUUAGCACUUAUAUAAAUUAAUCUUCUUACACUGCCCUUGCUUUCAAUAAGACAACUGAUCCUGUUACGUCCUGGUUGGUUAUCUCAAUGGAGCUUAAAGGAUCACUAUAGGGUCAGGAACACAAGCAUGUAUUUCUAACCCUAUAGUGCUAAACCCACCAUUUAGGUGGCUUGCACCCCCUUAGCCCACCUAUAAAAGUUUAAAACUCACCUUAUUUCAAGCGCCGUGCGGGACUGCCAGCGCUGGCUCCACCCCUUUGUGACAUCAUCAAAAUGGCCGCUUUUUAGCCAAUCCAAUGCUUUCCCACAGGGAAAGCAUUGGAUUGGCUAAAAUUGUCACGUGGCCUGGGGCCAAAUGCCGUUUUAGCCAAUUAGGACCUCCUGAUUUAUAUAACACAUAAGGGUUUAGGAUUGGACUUAGGGCAUUUUAUAGGGCUGGUUUUAGGAGGGGUUUAAAUUAAUAUAUGUGGGAGAGGCUAUAAAAUUUAACCUUGGGCUGAAGCCCCUGGACUUUUUUCCAUCUAGCAAUGUUCAAAUUUGGAACUAUGGAGUUGUUGAAAGUGGGAAGACAUUGAUAUAUAAGUGGUACUGGAAUUCAAAAGAGCUAAUACUUUAGUUAAGAGAGGCAUGGCAUUGUAUGCAAAUGUAUAAUAAUGCCAUUCCACACAUAUAAAAGGAUGCCAAGGAAGAAGAGAUACAUAUUACCGACUGAGGAAGCCCCUGGUACGGGUCGAAACGCGUUUCGGAUUUACAGAGACUCCCUUAUUGGACUCUUUUACUAUAUUACCCUUUUCUAUGUAUUUUAUUGGAGUAAUUCUUUUUGUCUCCAUUCCUGUUUUACCUUUUGGAUUAAUAAACACUUUACUGAAGUAGUAAGUGUUUACAGUCAUUUAUAUUUGCUACCAGAAGAUUCCAAGAAGGAAAGAGACAUCCUAACUAAUGGUCCCAGUGCUGUUCCCAUGAGAGCCACAUGUAUAUGUUUGACUCUUGGUUUGUGAGUACCUGAUCUCCUCUACAUUUAUUUGGAUAUCCAUUUGCUGACAAUAUUACACUAUAUUGUAUUUUUAUUCUCUUUUAGAUAUUUCUAGGAGUGUGAUCCACCUAUUGUAUGUAUUGUUCUUGUAACAUAAUUUUGAUUAAUUUUCAGAUAGAAAUCCCAAUGACGUAUUAUUAUUAUAAUUUUUAUUAUUACUAUGUUAUUAUUUAUGUAGCGCCAACAGAUUCUGCAGUGCUUUACAGUGGGUGGACUAACAAACAUGUAGUUGUAACCAGACAAGUUGGAAACACAGGAACAGAGGGGUUGAGGGCCCUGCUCAAUGAGCUUACAUGCUAGAGGAAGAGGGGUAAAGUGACACAAAAGGUAAGGAUAGUAUUAGACUAAUGACAGUUGCAAGAGAGGAAUCAGUCAGGAGCUAUUAACAGUUUAAUUGAUACCGUUUUAUGAAAAAGUGGGUUUUUAAUGAUUUUUUGAAGCAGUGGAGACUGGGUGAGCAUCUAACGGAGGAGGGAAGUCAGUUCCACAGGAACGAUGCAGCCCUCGAAAAGUCUUGAAGGCGAGCAUCAGAGGUGGGAGUACGGACAGAAGAUAGACGUAAGUCUUCAGCAGAGCUUAAGGGCCUAGACUGGACAUACUUGUGUAUUAGGGAAAAUAGAUAGGUUGGAGCAGCAUUAUGUAGAGAUUUGAAAGCAAGAACCAGAAUUUUAAAUUGAACCCUAUUUCUUACAGGAAGCCAAUGUAGGGACUGACAGAAGGGUGAGGCAUGGGAGGAGCGGGUGGACAGGAAGAUGAGCCUCUCUGCCGCAUUCAUUAUGGACCGUAACGGUGCAAGUUGGGAGCACGUAAGACCACUGAGAGGUGGAUUACAGUAGUCAAGGCAAGAAAGGACAGUGGAAUGGACCGGCAUCUUAGUCGCAUCUGGCUUUAAAGGACCACUAUAGUGCCAGGAAAACAUACUCCCGCCGGGCUCUGGGGAGAGGAAGGGGUUAAACACUUACCUUUCUCCAGCGCUGGGCGGUGACCUUUCCUCCUCUUCUCCUUCUUCCUAGCGACGUCAUCGGCUGAAUGCGCAUGCGCGGCAGGAGCCGCGCGCGCAUUCAGCCAGUUUCAUAGGAAAGCAUUCAUAAUGUUUUCCUAUGGACGCUGGCAUCUUCUCACUGUGAUUUUCACAGUGAGAAGCACGCAAGUGCCUCUAGCGGCUGUCAAUGAGACAGCCACUAGAGGCUUUAGAGGCUGGAUUAACCCUCAGUGUAAACAUAGCAGUUUACACUGAGGGUUAAUUAAUUAAGCUGAAGUGGUCUGGGUGCCUAUAGUGGUCCUUUAAGUAGGGUCGGAUGCAUGCAAUGUUUUUGAGAUGGAAGUGGCAGGAUUUGGCAGUAGACUGAACAUGAGGUGUAAAGGAGAGGUUGGAGUCAAAGAGAACACCUACGCAGCGAGCCUGUGUGAUGGAGCUGAUGGUAGCACCGUUGAUUUAGAGGGAGGCAGACACAGGAGUAGCAACACUUGAGGGAGGAAAGACCAGAAAUUCAGUUUUGGUCAAGUAGAGUUUAAGGAAGUGGGCAGCCAUCCAGUUAGAUAUAGCAGAGAGGCAGUCAGAGACACUAGUCAAGGGGGAUGGGGAGAGAUCAGGAGAGGUUUGUAUGUCAUCCGCAUAGAAAUUAUAUUUGAAGCCAAAGGAACUAAGGAGUUUACCAAGGGAGGCAGUAUAGAUAGAGAACAGUAGGGGACCAAGGACUGAACCUUGGGGGACACCAACAGAGACAAGUUGGGGAGAAUAAGCAGAGCCAGAGAAAGAAACACUGAAAGAGCCCUGGGAGAGGUAAGAGGAGAGAGCAAAAUCUUGUAGACCAAUAUUGCGGAGGAUGAGAAGAAGCUGUUGGUGAUCAACAGUGUCAAAAGCCACACAAAGGUCAAAGAGAAUUAGGAUCGAGUAGUGACCAUGAGAUUUUGCAGCGAGUAGAUCAUUGGAUACUUUGGUCAGUACCGUUUCCACAGUGCUUAGCACGGAAACCAGACUGAAGUGGGUCUAGCAGAGAGUUGGACUUGAGGAAGUCUGUCAAUCUCAAAUACACAACUCUUUAAGGAUCUUGGAUGCAAAAGGUAGCAGCGAGAUAGGACGGUAGUUGGACGGGGAGUUAGGGUCAAGGUUGGGCUUCUUUAGAAUUGGGGUUACAGUUCCAUGUUUGAAGGGUGAUGGCAAUAUGCCAGAGGAGAGAGAGAUUGAGAAUUUUAGUGAGAGGUAGAGAAAGAGAAGAAGACAGAGUACGGAUGAUAUCCAAAGGAAUUGGAUCUAGGGAACAGGUGGUGGGGUGGGAGGACUGGAGCAGAGCAGAAACCUCUUCCACUGUAGUGGGUGCGAAUGAACGUAGAACAGCAGAAGGGGUGAGGUUAGAGGAAGUAUUGUAAGGGGAAGAAGAAAGAUGAGUGACUGUGUGAGCGCAGCAUACAUUUAUAGUGAAGAAAGUCAGACGCACAGUGAGACUUUCUCCAACAGCAUUCAGCAGUUCUGGAACAUUUUUGGAGGUAUCCAAUCAGCUUGGUGUGCCAAGGUUGUUGUUGGGGGAGCUCAAUGAAUAGCCUAGGAUGACCAGGGAGCGGUAGAUGAUAGCAAUUUUUAAAGGAGUGGGUUUAAAUAGGCAGACAGUGUGAACUUCAAAAGAGGAAAAGCAUAGGGCAGGGGCAGUUAUGAUUGGUUGAAAGGUACAUUGAGGGGAGAAAGGUCCUUUACAGUUGAGUCUGGGAGUGUGAGAGAAUUGUAGCCCACCAAAACAUAAAGAGGCAGAAGUAGCACUCUCAGACCGAGAUAGCCAGGUCCCUGUAAGUGCUAGUAAUGUGAGUGAGUUUAAGAUGAAAAAAUCAUGUAUGGCUGUUGAUUUUAAAUUACUGCAGAUGGAGUGGUUGUUCCAGAGUGCACACUGAAUGUUGGUAAGUGAGGGUAAAGGGCAGGGUUUGUGGGGUUUCUGGUUUUCUUAGUAUGUGUAGAGAAGUCAAAGGGCCCUGGAUUGGGAGAGACAUCACCAGCUGCUAGAAGCAGAAGGAGAGAAAGUGACAGGAGGUGUGAAUGGGUUUUGUAUGCAUGGGGUCUAGGCAUAUGCAUAUGUAAAAAUGGUUGGAGGGAUGAGUGAAGUGCAUGUAAGGAGAGAUUUUUAUACUGAGGGAGAAGGAGGAAAUAAAGAGGAGACGAGAGAUCAUUGCUAAACUGGGAAAAAGUAAAUUGGAAAUAAUUGAAAUAUCAAGUGCAGGUGAAGGUAGGGUAAAUAUUACGUUUUAUGAGUUAAGAAAGUGCAGGAGUGUACUAAUAAGAGGUAGUGUGUACACCUAUUAUUUUUACUUAUCUAAAAUUUGGGUGUGACAAACAAUCUAUAAAUGUAAUAAUGAGCCUGGGUAUCAGACUUUCUUACAGCACUAUUGGGGCUUGAUAGUUUUGAAUCAGGCUGUUGAAUAAAGAUAUGUAAGGGUCGGAUAGGUUUGCAAUAAAGCUAAAGAAGGGGGGUAAAAAACACAUUUAAAAGAUUGCAUUCAACCUGUUACAGCUCUGUCUAUGGCAUGCUAUGGGUUGCAAAAUGCACUGUUAAUAAAAACUAUUAUAAAUUACAUGAGUUAUAAGACUCAAUAUAACAAAUAAUCACUCUGGGUGGUCUAGCAGCUUAUAUACGUGGAAAUGUAUCUUGCAUAGACAGACAAGGCUACCAUAGAUGAUUCUAAGUAAUAAAAAUAUCCCACUUGGACAAUAAUAUGGUGGUGAUCCUUUUAGAAAACUCCCUACUGAGUCACUUUUAUAACACUCUGAUGGAUAUACUGAAUGUCUUCUUUUGUGAAAUAUUAUGGGAUUUUCCUUCAGUAAAAAUAUGAUAAAGAAGAGAUGGAAAAAAGACAUCUGUAGCAUUUCAUAGUGACUCACUGGGGUGUAUUCUAAAAUAUGUUUUGAUUAUCUUCUUGAGAUCUUUCUGGUUUUUUUUUGUAUUUAUAAUUAAUGCUACAUAACGUUCAAAUUUAUUUUGGGGGACGACGACAAGCAUUAUAUCCUGUAGUACACUCAGUGAGUGAACUCAGUUGAUUAGUACUCGAACUGCAGAAACAAUCUCAGAUUUAAGAUUUAGAUACAGCAUCAGCUCAGCAUGCAAUUCUGUUGUUCAGGCGCGGGUACAAAAUAAGAGAAAUCUUUAUACAUGUCCUUAUAUAAAUAAACCUGAUAUAAAAAUAAUUCAUUUAUAGGCAGAAUUAACAGCCAGUCUAGAUAUAAAGGAUAAUGCUAUAAAAUUAUAAAUGCCCUUACAGGGUCACUAUAGUCACCAGAACAGCUUAUUGUAAUUAUUCUGGUGAGAAUAAUCAUUCCCUUUAGGGUUUUUGUAGUAAACACUGUCCUUUCAAAUAAAAUGCAGUGUUUAUAUUACAGCCUAGUGAUAACUCCACUGGCCACUCCUCAGAUGGCUACUAGAGGUGCUUCCUGGGGCAGUGCUGCCUAUUGUGCAACGCUGCCAUACAGUGUCUCCUACCUCUGCAUGCAGACACUAAACUUUCUUCAGAGAGAUGCAUUGAUUCAAUUCAUCUCUAUGAGGAGAUGUUGAUUGGCCAGGGCUGUGUUUAACUUGUGCUAGCUCUGCCCCUGAUCUGCCUCCUUGACAGUUUCAGCCAAUCCUAUGAGGGAGCAUUGUGAUUGGCUCAGACCACCCCUUUUGAUUAUGUCAACAGACAGCAGGCAGUUCUAGGGCAGAGGCAGCAACUGCAGACUUGAAUACAAGUGAGAUUUUACUAUAUUUAGGGAGGCAAGUGGAGGCCAGGGGGGUGGGGGGGAGGGCUAGAUUGGGGUUUUAAGACUAUAGGGUCAGGAAUACAUGCUUGUAUUCCUGACCCUAUAGUGUUUCUUUAAUAUGCCAAAAUUGUUGAGUCCAGUGAUCCAGUGGAAAAAGAGAUAGAAACAAGAGGAAAAAUAAUCAUAUCUGAAAGCCCAAAUAAUCUUCAAUUUGUGGCUCAAACAUUAGUUAACAUACCCACUAUUUCUCUCUUUUAUCAAGCAUCCAUGUUAUCAUAGUCACUACGACAUUGGAUUCAAUCACUGAAAGCAUGAAUGAAUAUUUGUGUUAUAGGUUUGAAAAAUGGUGCAGUUGUAACACAAUCAGUGUCUGUGCUUAUGUUUAAAAAAAUUGUUAUACUUCAUCUGCAUAUCUCAUGUUGAAAGGUCCUUCUUGAGAAAACAAAAACCUCAAGAAAUCAUGUUUCCACAAAUUUCCCAGACUUCCCAGCUUGAUAUGCAAAUGAGCAAGGACAGACAUCAUGUUUCGGACUUCAUACCGCAUUUCUGUAAAUACACUUUUUUGCUGUUCCCACUAUGAGUCUUUCUGUCAUUCCCACUGGGAACUUUUCAGCACUGGAGGCUUCGGGCUCCAUUGAUCAUUGGUGGUGGUGUUCUCUGCCUAGUCUCAUUAAAGACUAUCUAGAUAUUUGCUUUUUUAAAAUACAUUUUGUAAAGAUGUGCAAUGCUUUUUACUCUCUUUUGUGCUUUACUUUAAAGGUCUUACAGUAUUACCAUACGUGAACUCAAAUGGGAAUUCAACAGCCGAACCAGAAACCAAAAGUAUACCUUGCCCUGAGUAUACCGAGAACUGCACAGGUAAUACAAUGCUUGGUGUAUCAUUUUACAUUUUAAAGUAAUUUAAUGAAAAUAUACACAUUUCUAUAACAAUUUCAGUUCUUCAGCACCAAGACAGAAUUCACACUGCAGCUCCAUCCGCUUCCAAUGAAGUCAUCAAUCUUGAUGAUUUUUGUCCUGUCAAAGCCUUCUCAUAAAGAAGCAUUGAGGACACAUGGCUCAAGUGUGACAGUUGUUGCUUUCUCCUAAUCAAAUUCCUUCCCAUGAGAACACACACAGCAACCAGAAUCCGCAUACUUUAGUGUUGCCAGAACAAUUUAUUUUCAAUUCUUCUGAAUUCUUUAUUGUGUCAGUCAGUGCUUGAAAGUUUUGCCCAGAAUACAUUUAAUACAAUCAUUUGUAUGUAUGUUUCUUCCGAUUUUAGCUGCUUUGCAAAUAUUGAAGGAUUUGAUGUUGUAGCAGAAUCCAUUUUUUGACAUGUUUAUGGUCACAUCACAUGAUUGUUAACAUAACUUGCAAAAAUUUAUGUAAGAUACAUUCAUGUUUUUUGUUGUUUCUGUAAUGUAUCUUUAUUAUUCACUGCUUUAAAUGCGUAUUUUACUUUACAACUUCAGAGAUUUCACCUUCAAAAUGGAAAAGUCAUUUUUCCCGAUGUCCAAAGACAUACCGACAUUACUGUGUUAAAGGAAAAUGCCGUUAUGUCACCUCCGAGAAAACACCAGCUUGUAUGUAAGUGUCCUCGUGAAAACUCUGCACUAGGUUCAUGCUAUAAAAAAAACAACGUUAGUAUAUGUAGGAUAUGUUGCUAUUUUGCUACCUAGGUUUACAUUUAGAUGAUAAUUAGAGUGAAGGAGUAUCCAUUCCUCAGCUUCUUUACUAGUACGGGACAGGGUAAAAUUUACAAUAUUCUGGCACAUAGCCAAGAGAUUAUGGUAUAUAUUGAAUAACUCAACUGAAAGAGUCAGAAUAACUAAAUAGAAAAUAUUCCAUUGAAGAAAUUAAAAUUCGGAGUAAAAAGUAUACUUUUUAUGUCUUUUUUUUUCAGAUGUGAAUCCGGUUAUACUGGAUCAAGAUGCGAAUACUUAGAUUUAUUUUACUUGAAAGGAGACAGAGGACAGAUGGUUGUAAUUGGACUGAUAGCUGCUAUGGUGACACUCAUUAUACUGGUUAUUUGCAUAUGCAUCUGUUCUCAGUAAGUAGCAAAGCUAAUAUGCCUAAACAGAUCAUCCAACGUCAGGAAAUAUGAAAGAGCGUGAUUUUGUACUGCUGUGAAUUCUGUUCAGAUAAUUGGUCUCUGUAUCCAAGACUGCACAUUUUAAAGAAGCUAAAUAUGGCAGAGGGGGAUGAACCUUUAGCCCGAGUAGAGUUUGGAAAUUAAAAAUCCGCACAUAGUGUGACUUACUAAAUUGAGGCUUUUUAAAUUUCAAAUGAAUGGCCAACAUAGCAAUAAUGAAAAUGGAUUAAACUUGGGAGAUGUUUUUGGGCUACUUGGGCUUGAAUUAUAAAAUUAUCUUUGAAUUCAACUGGGAAUCCCAUCGGUUUUCACUUUAGUAUUUAUCCCUGUUUGAUUCUAACUGUAACUGUAAGGGAUGUAUUUUGAGCUUCUUUCUUGGAGAUAAGUCUACUUUUUUCAACUGCAUGAAAGCUCAAACUUGCUGGGUUGCCAGAGUGUUUCACAUAACAUGUUUAAAAUCUGGAGUCUUGGUGUUCAUAUUGACGAUCUAGUUCAUUUUCUGUAAAACACGAUGCAGAUGUUGCUAAGUUCUCCUGUUAAUUGUAGACUCGAGAUGCAGGUGACUAGGUCAGCGAGAACCAGUAAAAACAUCAAUAACAUAGCUUACAACAACCAGAAGGGCUCACAAAUGUGGUCAUUAUAAAACAUGUUCUUUAAUUUGGCCCUCAAAGAUUAUCCCUAGUGAGAUGUUUGAAAACAAUGCUUGUGCAAAUAGCAUCUCUAGAUUUGUAGUCUACAAUAUAUUAGAUAAAGCUUACCAACUUCUCUGUGUUCUACAGCAUGUUCUACAGCAUAUGAAUCCAGUCUCCAGUUUGAAGAUUGAGAUUUACAUCUGGAAGCAUGUAGUUGAAAAAUAAAAUAGGCUUAGCUUGAGACCGAAAGACCAAAUAAACCACUUUUACUGCUGGAAUCCAAGUCAAUUUUGCUUUGAAAACUCAGUUUCACAAACUGUGGCAACACAUUAAAAAAGGGAUCUGUUUCCCAUUCGCCAUUUAUAUUGUAUAUAUGUGCACAAAGUGAUAAUGACCAGCCUUAAAGCUUAAAUUGCAGUUAUUUUUUUAAUGAUUUAAAAUAAAAUGAUAUUUUUACAUUAUCCAGCAUGCUGCUGUGACUAGAAACUUUCGGCACUCCAGAUGUUCAGGAGAGAUGUAGUCCAAAACAACUAGAAUGCUAAAGAUUGCCUGCCCCUGGGUUAGACAGUCCCAUUGACCUUACUACUUUGCAUCUUUCACUGAACUUCAUGGACUCAAGUCUCUAUUCAGCUAUGUAACUAUGUAACUUUAUAGUUAUAGACUUCAGCAAUGUGGUAUCUUCAGCCUUGUGACUCUAGAAAUUAACAAUCGACUGGGGACAUCCAGUGGAGGUUCUUCAUAUUACACUGAAGACUAUAGCACCCUAUUGAAUUAUGCAAUUUUCUACUGAGACAAAAAGUUAAACUAUGACUAUAAUAGGGAGAUUAGGAAAUAUCUGGAACGUUAGAAAUACAGUUAGUAAUUUUAUUUUUAAUAACUUUGUAUAUGUCACCUUUGAGUGUACAUAUGAGCUUUUUCAUGUUAUUAUUGAAUUAAUACUAGUUAUGUUUCAAUUUAAUUUCCCAUCUUAAGAAUUGUUGUUUAUUAAGAAAAAAAAGGUUUGUUUCUCAAACGUUUUUAUAGAUUUUAUUCAUAUUAAAUUAUGUUUGAUAUAUAAAUAUUAUAUGUGAAAUAAAAGCCCUGUUUAUCAUAAACAAUAUAAUAUAUAACAACAGAUAUUUAAUGCAAGUUCCUGGGUUUGUUUACAUUUCUUUUUAUCAGAACGUGUACAAUUGCCUCUUUCCUUAAGGGGUUAAUGUACUCAAUAAUUAUCAGAAAUUAUGUUUAUUAGCAGUUUCAGUUCCUAUGGUGUAACUUUGAUAUCUUAUACAUGAGAAUUAUAACAAAUAUUAAGCCUUUGACAGAAUUAUUUUUAUUUUAAUAGCCACUGCAGAAAAGUACACAGACGAAAAAUGAAAGCUAAGGAAGUUGGCAAUAUUGAUAAUGAAUGUACAAUAAGAAUGGAAGAAACCCAUUUAGCCUAAAGGUAAAUGCUAAAAGUUUACAGACUCUAUAAUCAUGAUUUAUUGCUCAAACAUACCUCUCUCAAAUUCAACUUUUCCAACUUAAUUCAUACUUUUGGAAAAAAAGGACUUCUAAGAUCCAACACUGACCUACUAUUCCCCUGGACACACAUGCAACCAGCCUUUAAUUGGAAAAUUCAAUUGGAAAAACCUUGUCUGCCAACAUUUACUCUUGACCUGUUUUCAGGUGUUGACAACAUUUAAAACAGAAUUUAGAAUGAGCAGACACAAAUGUAAUAAUCCACCCGUUAGCCCCUGCUCAAGUCUCAAAUAUUUUACUCAUUUGUGCCAUUACAGUGUAAUUUGCCUAUCAGACUGACUCCAUCUACAAGAAUGGACGCAAACCCCACUGCUUAUUUUGUUUAGAGGGAGGUAACCACAAUUCACUGACAAGCCCAACAAGGAUGAAAUGAUCAUCAAUGUUUGUUGUAUCUCUGGUUCAGAGUCCUUGCUGGCAUUUUUGUUUUGGACCGUCCUUGAGGUUGGAAUAAGUCUGUUACGCAAAUGGUAUAGAUUCGCUCUGUAAUGGCACAAAUAAACUAUUACUUGUUUGAGGCCGGAGUGGGGACUCUCUAAAGAUAUUAAGCUUUGUCCAUAAUCAAUUUUUUCAUAAAAUCUGUUUUGACGUAUUUUUAAAAUUUAUCAUCUCCUUCAGUGUUCUAUGCCUGAUGAAUAUGUUAACUUGACCAGUAACUUGGUAUGGUAGUGAUGAUAAACCAUUGAGCCUUGGUAUCAGUCAGUAGUAUGGGGCAGUAUUUCUUAGCUGAUAGUAUGCACAAACCAUAUAACCCUGUUAGUCUUGUGCAAUCUAUUUUGAGUGAUUUUGUGGCUGCUCUGUCUAGUUUUUCUUCAUAUAAUUUUAGUAAUUCUUUAUCAUUUACACAGGUUAUGACGAAGUUACCUGCGGGCAGGUUAAAUGCUGCUGUUACAGAAAAGGAUAAGCUCACUUUCCAGUAGACGUGGAGAAGUAUACUGAUGUUUCAGACUGCAAUAUUUAAAGAAUUGAACAGGAAUUGCAGCUUUUAGGCCUAAAUACAUUAGCUUAAAAAAUAACCGAGUUUGAGGUAUUUACCGGUUUGGAUAUUUUUCUUGUAAAUUGCAAUUACUUUUCUAUGUCAAUUAUUUUUAUUGAGAAAUGCUUGAACAUGAUACAUGAAGAAAAUACAAAAAUGUCAUACAGCCCCACCAUAUCAUCCCAUGAUUAACAGAAACACUUAACAAAAAUGAUAAACCAGGUGAUCAACAUCACAGUUUUACAAUGUUUUGCAGUCUACAUUUUCAAAUAAACCCCAGUCACUUGUUUGCUGACUUCUGAAUUAACAAUAGUUUUGCCAUUGAUUAAAAAAAGUGCAUUAAUCAAUAGAACAUAAAUAGUGUACUGAAGAUAUAUAUAAAUGCAGAAAAUGGGCUAUGUUCGAAAUGGGAAGUGUUCAUAAUGGAAAUCAAUAGUUUUGGCUGGAACUCUUUAUUUGUUUCCAUUGUAAUUUCUACACUUUUAUUACAUUGCUUGUUUUUGUGUGACUCAUUUAUAAAUAUCUUAAAGGGCCACUAUAGUUCCAGGAAAACAAACUCGUUUUCCUGGCACUAUAGUAUUAUAGGUGCCCCCACCCUCAUGCCCCCCUUCCUGCCGGGCUGAAGGGGGAGGAAGGGGUUAAACGCUUACCUUUCUCCAGUGCCUUUCUCUUACCUUUCUCCCUCGGCGCUGGGACUCUCCUCCUCCUUCCGACGUCAUCGGCUGAAUGCGCAUGCGCGGCAAGAGCACAUUCAGUCAGUCCAUUCUCAAUGGUUUCCUAUAGAUGCUGGCGUCUUCUCAAUGAGACAGCCACUAGAGGCUGGAUUAACCCAUUUAUAAACAUAACUGUUUCUCUGAAACUGAUAUGUUUACAGCAGGCAGGGUUAACCCUAGCUGGACCUGGCACCCAGACCACUUCAUUAAGCUGAAGUGGUCUGGGUGCCCAUAGUGGUCCUUUAAGUCAGAGUUAUUGAUAUUGGUAAUACAAGUUCAACUCAAAGAUUUAUUCAAGGGGAAUUCUAAGGACCAUAGUCACAGUAACUUAUUGUAGUAUAAAUGGUGCAAUGGGUAUGCUGGCUCUGACCUCCAAGAUUGUGUAAAAGCAUUUUGAUAAAAUAUGGAGUUCUUCUUCAGCCUCUAGACGGGCUUCUAACAUGCCUUUCAUGUUAGCCCAUCUGUUUUAGGUAGCAAUUAUAGGCUAAAACAUCUGGGUGAGCCCUCCCUUAGUGCUCUUAGCCUAUCGUUGCCAAGCAAAUUUGGACAAGCUAAUGAAGAAGUGAAGAGUCUUGUUUGUAGAUGCUGGGAGAGGUACUCUUUUUUUAUCCAACCACUCCAAAAUGAAUUGACACAAACAAAGGAAAAUUAGCCCACAGACUGUUUGUAUCAUAAUUAUAAUAAAUAUGCACCCCUUUUUGCCAAUAACUCUUUUUGGAAAGGUUUGUAUGGGAUAAAAAUAAUAUCAGAAGAGAAGGAAAGCCCCUGAUUGGUGGUGCCUCUUCCUGCUCUGCGAGAUGUCUGCCUUCUGCUUUUACAGGCAGCAUAUUAGCAUAAGAAGCAAAAACCUGAAGUUGAGUAUCUAUUUUGAUCUAUUUUUACCUUAAUUUGAAUUAUUUUUGACAUUAUCUGUGCAGUGCAUUAAAAUCAGAAUGGCGUUUUAAUGGAUGAACAAUGCAAUGAAUAAUUAAAAAAAGAAAACAGACCCAGUUAUGAAACAAAAAAUAUAUGUGAAUAUCCCUUUAAACAUCAAAAGGAAGUGCCACUUAGAGAUAAAUGAAUAAUUAAUGUAACUUUUGUAUACAGCUUCCCACGAUCACUUCCCUGUGAGUGAUCUUCACAUAGAGCAGAAAUUUCAAAGACAAGUGGGAUACAGUCGUAUACCUAUAAACAUAAACCGGACAUAGUGCAACACUGUAUUUGAAAAUAAGUUUGCUGCCUUAAUGAUUGCACUCACAGACAUCAAAGAAGUAUGCGCAUAUCACAAAUCCUCCCCCAUAUGGGUGUCGGAUCAGGAGCCUCUCUUAGUAUUCCAUUCACACGAGCAGGUAUCAGGAACACAAUGAUUGGUAGUAUAACAAAGAAUGUUAUUGGUAUAAAACAAUAAAUAAAAUAUGAUAAAAAGUAUGAAUAAAUGAGGUCCUACGCAUUUCAUCCCCCCUGUGGGAACUUCCUCAUGGACCAAAAAUCAACUUUAAAAUCAAGAAUAAUUAAUGCCAUCAAAUUAUCAGCUUACCCAUCCCUCAGUUCCCUAUUCUUAAAUAGGGUCAGUCCCAAUGUCCUUCAGCUGUGUUGGGGAAAAUCCCCCUUUGAUGUAACCAAUCUUCUUUAGUUUUUCUUGACUGACCACCGUCGACAUCCAUUCCUUUCAUUCUCCUCCAGGUGAUUGUGAUCUUCACUUUUUUUAAACGCCCUAUGACGCCAUCCUGGUUUCUAUGCGUUCCAACCAAGGGACCUUUGCGUUCUACCUGAUAUCCUGACGUGUUUCCUGUUUGCAGUUCAAAUCGCACUUCCGUGCGUUCCAUUACAACGUCCAAAUAAGUUAAAUAUAAUUGUUUGCUCUAAUCUGCUUAAAAUAGAAUGUAUUAAUGCCUGAUUUUCAAUAAUAUAAAUUGCUAUAAACUUAUAUUAUGUCCUUUAUCACCUUACUAGUGUGAAUAUUACUGUUUAUACAUCAUCUUUGGAGAAAAAAAUCUCAUCAUGUUGUUGGUGUUUGAAAACAUAUAUGUUUUUCUUUUUGUUUCACUAUCAAAGUACUUUUAAUAACUUCUUAAUUCGUUAUUUAUUAGUAGUUAUUAAACUACUGCCUUCGUAACUACUUACAAGAUUUCCUUCUUAUAAACAAGAAUUUUGUCUACAUCUAUGUGUUUAUCUUUUACCAACAACAUUUACAUAUCUUUCAAUUUCUAUCACCAAACAAUGUAUUAAAAGAGAAAAGAGAAAGAAGUGAAACCUUCAAUAUUAGACUAGAAGAAGUGUCUAAUGUAUUCUGUUUCAAGAUCAAAAGAAUAUCAAAAAUUAACACCAUACUAAUAAAAAACAAACUAAGUCUAUAUCUACAUUAAGUCCCAUGGGUGAUAUGCACAUACUUCUUUGAUGUCUGUGAGUGCAAUCAUUACAGCAGCCAACUUAUUUUCAUAUACAGUGUUGCACUAUGACCGGUUUAUGUUUAUUUUUUUAAGUUAUACGACUGUAUCCCACUUGUCUUUCCAGUUAUGAAUAGUUUUAUUUAUGGCAUGAAGUUAACGGCUUGUGCAAUGAAAUACUAUCUGCUGGCAUUUCAUGAAAAUGCUCACUACUGGGUCUGCCAAUCAUUUUCAUUACAGGCAUUACAUGUCGCACUCUCUUACAGAAAGCUAAAGAAUACACAAAACUGUGUUUGUCAUUUACUUUUAUACACGGUUUUAUCAAAAUUGUUAAAGAACAAUUAAUAAUUGUAUUUAAAAUAUAUAUGACACAAUGGACUAUUUAUCAGUGUUCAAGUGUUUUGUUCUAAAAUGUAUUCUAAAUUACUAAAAUUGAGGAAAAGUACAUGGAAACCAGUGGAACCAGCAGGAGUGACUCUUCCAUUUUAAAACAUUUUUAAAACACUUUUUAGAAUAUAACAUUUUGAUAAAUUAUCCGAUCAAUGUCACUAAGUGACACCGGAUUGAAAAAUCAAGCAUGAUAAAGGGAUAAUAUAAAAUCGAUCCUGGAAUUUUUGUUGUAUAUUUAAAGGUCCCUGUAUAAAAUGUCGAGGAGUAAUGUCAGUGCAUUAAACAUGUCCAAAAUUGUAUCUUGUAUCAUUUGUUCUAUUACUUUUAAAUUGUGGUGGUUUUGACUGGAAACAUUGCAUGGCCAGUCAGCAUUGUUAUCAUUUGGAGUGCGAAAAACCAAAGUCUGAAACAUCAGUUAUAUAGGUUAUUUUAUUUAAGUUAAAAUGCAUUUUUACAGAUUUGCAAGGCUGAUGAUACUUUCUUGUUAAGAACAAAUUAGCAGAUACAUGGUAAACCUUAAUCUGCAAUGUGCGUUUUCAUAAUGCUUGGCACAUAUCCACAAAAUGUAGUAACUAUGUUGUCUAUUAUAUGUAAAUGCCAAUAAUAAUAAUGUGUCCAUUAUUUGAUACAAUAAUAAAUAAAGAUUAAUUGAAGGGGAAUUGUCACUUCCCAUUUUUUUACAUUAUUUUUAUCCCCAUAUUUAACAAAUAUAUAUUUGUGAGGUGUCGAAAAAUGAAGUGAAGUGUAGAGAUUCGUAACUCUUUAACUUGCAACUGGAUGCCUCCAUCUUAGCUCCCUGUAAAUAAAUCAUUGUUACAAGCUAUGUCCUUUGCAUCUGACAGUUUGCAUAGAAAAAUUGUUCUUUGACAUUUACUAAAACAACCAAGUAGCAAAGCUGAGGUAAAAAUAGAAAAUACAAAAUAUAUAUCUCCAGUAAUCUUCAAUUUUGUUAAUCUAAAUUUUGCAACUAUGUUGCUAAUUCAGUACUAUUAGAGAAGAGUUUUAAAAAGCACACACAAUAAUACUACUACUACUAAUAAUAAUAAUACGUUCAUGGUACUUUUUUUUCUUUUAAUUAUUGUAUGGUUAAUGCAUAUGUACACAAAUAAUAUAAUAUACUGUUGUGUGUAUGGACCAUGUUUUGACAAAGAGGACACAUUUGAGGAUGAGGGAGGACACUCAACCCCAGGUUUGUGAGUCAUACACCAGUCUGAACCCUUCCUUAAGACAGACUAGUCAGUUAGUGCUAUUUUUAGGACAGACCGGCUGAAUUUAGGGAUGGAUUUCUGAGUUUGCGCAGGCAUCAAUACCUGGCGUUAAGCACUUAAGAGUAUGGAAUAUAUGCGUCCUACUGCUAUUUUAUUUGCAUUAUCAUAUUAUGUUACUAGUGGAUGGUAGGCUAUUUAAUUAAUAAUGGAACUCUGUAUUCAUUAAGUUAUUUGGUAUAAAACAAAUUAAACUUGUAAGCUUGAAUGCUGUACAUGUAUUCUUAAACCUAUAUUGAAUUUAUAAUAUUAGUAAUAUUUGUGCAACAUAUUUUUGUAGAACAAAUUUUAAAAUAUUUUAAUAAACUUUUU